CCUGGAGUGCACACUAGGACUGGGACAGGUCCACACAAACGUGUGCGUGUAACUCGUCAACGAAGAGGAAGUGACAUCAUCCAGAAGUCUUCAGCAGCAGGGCUACGCAGAGCCACACAGAGCAGCUAAUGGGAGCAGGAAAGCUGGCCCGGUUGCUGCUGGGAUGGGCGGCCGUUUGCUGGGCCGCAGUCCACACGGCGUAUGGCCAGGCAGGAGCGGGAGAUGGAGGGUACCAAGCCAGCCGCUUCACGGGGAAGGUGGAUGAGAGGGAGGUGCAAAGGGUUCGCCGGAGAGGACAGGAGACACUAAGAGGGUAAGGAGUUUGUUUUCUGGAGUUCUGUUUGCUGAGUUUUGUUUAGGCCAGAACUGCAAAUGAUUUAUGUUGAUUGAUAAGGAAGAAACAAACAACAUUUGUGUGGUUGUCUAUCUUUGAGUUCAACCAUACUGCUCCACUGAAACAUGGUAAUAUGAUUAGGUUUAGAAUAUGGACAGUUGGACAAUUGGUUUAUGGCUAGCUUUCCCCAUUGAGCUGUCUUGGCAACUCUUUUUUCCACUGCUGUGCUUCCUGGGCUAAGGCCAACAUAUCCUUACUACAGCCAAAUAAUGCUGAAUACAUCAUUGUUCUCCCAAAGACAGCACAUGUUCGAAGCUAAAAGGUUGCUUGCAACAUUGAGAGAUCCUUGAGUAUUUACAGCAAAAUUGCAUUUUCAUCAGAGAGUCUAUUAAAGUUUGUCGAGUGAACGCAAUGACCCAAAUCUAGGCAAGUAGGCAUUCUGUUAGGCGUAUUAGCUGGAGAACACAUAGCUGAAGACUGCAGGGGAAAGUUUAUUAGCAAGAAUGUUUUGAGCUGAGGUAAUCACUCAAAGUGGGGGUAAAAGGGCAGUCAAUUGGAAAUUCACAAACUGGGGUGGAUUAUAGAAAACACAGAACACCCCCCUCCUCCCCCUUCUCCAUCAUCAUCGCCAUCCCUACCGUUUCCCCUCAAACCCCCCCCAAUCUCCCAAGGGACUGGGUGGGAUGUGUGUCAAUGGAGCAUGGCAAGCUUUUACUGUAUGUUUCCUCCUUUUGGAAAAACAAAGGAUGUUUUGUUGGGACGAUUCUCAAAUGUUUGUAUCAGUUAUUCCAAUCAGUCUCUCAUCUGUCCCUGCUUAUGGCUCCCCCGCGCCCCAACGCAGGGAAGGGGGUAUUCCGAUCGCUCUGGGGGCACGACAAGGGACAUUUGUUUCACUGCCACAGGUGACAAAACAACAGAACUCAUGGCAGAGAGAAAAGGAGGGAGAGAGAGAGUGAGAGAGAGAAAGAGAGAGAGAGAGAGAGAGAGAGAGAGAGAGCGAGAGAGAGAGCGAGAGAGAGCGAGAGAGCUAAGCCUGCAUGGAAUUAAAUAGUAUUAAAUUACAGUGCAGGACCUGGGUAGGGUAAAGCACACAUAGGACUGACUUGCUGUUUUCCUAAAUGUUCAGUAAUGAUUCACGCUGCACAGAACAAACAGACGUGUCUGCGUUGUCAGUCAGUGUGAUUAAUUUGGCAGCCAUUGGACCUCUCUGCCAGACAUAAAUGGAUCCCCUGUAUAUCGGAGAGCCAAACAAGUCUCAAUGGAACCAUUUUGUCUGUGAGCCAGCCAGGCACAAGGCCACUUCAGGCCUGACCUGUGUCACAGUCACUCUGUGGUUGACUUAGACACACGUAGUGGGCUGCUCUUGCCUGGCCAUCUUAUCCUCUGAUCUACUCAGUGAUAUAGAAUAAUAAUUUAGCAAAUGCAACAAUUGUACAAACUCGUGCUGUUCCUAUUAAACAAUUGCCUUAGUUUUCAUGGCGAGUAACAUACCCGGUGGACUUUUUCCAUAAUGUUGUUAAACUCGACUAUUUUUAUAGAAAAGUAUUUGCACCCAACAUAUAAAGAUUAUCCAAGUUGAUAGCUCCCCUCACAACAUAAUGACAUUGACAUGACAUUGGAAAGUCUUCCAUUGCACAUUCUGUACAGCAUCAGAUUUCCUCUGUGGAAGAGGGAUUAUGUUAAUGGUGGUCAUAACGCUUUGUUGUGUGAACAGUGUUUAUCUGCUGCCUGAAUGCUCCACAUGCCAGGGUUUCAGACUCUACUGUUGCCGGUCUGUUGCUGGACUGGCUGAUGUUGAGUCUGAUUUAUUGACUUCCUAGACAGAGUGCAAUUUGGCUUCUACACAUGGGUGGAAUCUGAUUAGACCAUUGGCCUGUGUUCUGGGACCUCCUCAAUUACCUUGAUACUAUAAUGUACAACCUGGGAGGCUCUGUAAAAGUGGUGGGCUCUGGGUUGAGAGGGAUGGGAGAGAGGGAGAGAGAGAGGGAGAGAGAGUUUGUGCCUCAUAACCAGCCAUGCCAGACAGAACGAAACAGCCUUUCAGGCAGGCUAAUAAGGUCUCCUGCAUGUGAAGAGGGAGGGAAGCAGUCCAUACUGGGGCUUCUAGGCAGCCAACACUCAGCUCAGGGGAAAUGCUUUAGAAGUGCAUUCAGGUUCCUUCCAAGGUAAUGUCAAUUCCACUCCAUUCGCCUGGAUGGGGUCCUUGCUCUCCCCAGAGGCUGUCUGGCACAUGCCUGACCCUUAAGAAAAUAAUUCCCAUAUUCUCGAAUGUCCCGGUCGUUCUCUCCAAUAAAGCUAUAGAUACAUCAGCUGGUAUUUGGAAGAGGGGAAGAGGAGGGAAGGUCAAGCUCGCAAAGUCUGAGAGGAACAUUUGGGAUGUAUGAAGGACGACCUGUUUUCUUGUGUUUUAUAUGCAUUAGAGUUCCUUUCAUUUUUUUAUGUGUCUGCAUUUUAUGCAUACAUUCAGGCUAGACCUAAAAGACAGAACCUCUCUUUCCGGGGGUUCAUGUGGCAUGUGGUUGAGCUAAUGUGGUUUAGAUUUUCUGUCACCCUCACAAAAAGAGGCACAACAAGAAAUCUAUCUGCUCCAUCUGCCCUAGGAGACAAUGUAUGUAUGGACACUUUGUUAAUGGAGUUGAUGGGAUGGAUUCAUGUUUCACAAAAACUCUGCCUAUCGUUAUAGUUUAUCACAAACAUUGUAAGUUUGGCCAUAAUUCACAUGGGCCUCAUAAUAAAACUAAGAAAAAACUUGGACAAGACACUUGAUGGUUAUUCUUAAGGAGAACAAUUAUGCCCAUUUGGACUUUGUUUGGCCCAUGUAGACCCCCCUCCCUCGUCCUGCUCCCUCUAAACCCACUAACCCAGAGAGUGAGAGGUAUGUAUCUCAGCCCCCAUCUAGACCAGUACAGUAUGAGCUCAGGGUUCAAAUUAGUCUAGGGAGAUAAUCAGGCCAACUUUAGCUAAGAAAAAAACUUUCUCAGGAGUUUUUAGAAUGAACACUAAAGCAGGACAACAAAAAAACUUCCCAGAGUUAUGAAGAUAAAGAUGAACUCAGCGUAUCCUAUCAGCUCCAGAUCUGACAAAGCAGCAGGUCCCAAUAUCUUAGGGCAGAAAAGGGUAACAAUCUACCGACUGGGGGUCAAAUGCCAGUGAGCUGACCUCUGACCUUUAGAAGGGUUUGUAGCCCCCAUCCCCCUUUUUCCAGUUGGAUUACCUCCUCCAACUGACCUACAGUUGUCCUGGCUGGGAGCUGUUUGUCUGAAAGCCAGUCUGUGGUCUUUACAGCCUCCCAUCCGCCCAGCUAAUUUCCCACUAGUCCCAGCGUGGCCCCUUCUGUGCCUCUGAACUGUCUGGCUCUGACCUUCUGUCCCCCUGGAAUCCUCCAUAUGAAGAGCCCCUGGCACUCUGUCUCAUAACUGUUGAGUUUGCACUUUCCAGCCAGGAGCCUGUGGCCCCCAGAAGGCAUCCAGAAGGCCUCUAGCCUAUAUGUUGGUCUGUAAGAUCAAAGGACGGAGAAAAAGUAAGAAGAUCUGGUCCGUUUGAGGUCCUGUCGUGUCUUUCACCAUCUUACACUAUUAAACAAGAGGGAAAAUCCUAGAGAAUAUAGACGCAAUUAAGUGUUUUUUCUGAAAGCCUUUGAGCUCUAAACCUUUGAAAAACACCAGGUUAAAAGUAUUUUCCUUACAGUGGGACUCUGAAAGUAUGUCACUAGGCUUAUACAAAGUCCCAUUUGACCUCAUUGACAGCAACACUUCCAGUUCCAUACCAUAGCUGCUGUAUCUAAAAUCUAGAACAAUCUCUCAAACUACACCAAGGGGGGUUUAGGUCCCAAUAGAAUGGCCUUUUUUGUUUUGGGGUUUUAAUAUUUCUCCUGGCUACUGUGCUGUGUGCAUUCAUCUUUGUUUUAUUACUAUUAAUGAGUGACAAUGAGAGUGCCAUGGGCCAGAAGGCUACAUCAAAGACUUCAGCCAGUGAUAGAAGAGCUAAUCCUCUUUAAAUUGAGUGCUGAAAACAGCAUGACAUUUCAAUAUUGAGGCAAAUCCCCGGGGCUGAACUUGUAUGUGCUCCCCUCCUGUAAGGAGGCUGGGGUUAGCCUGAAGGAGAGAGCAGGAACAACAAACCCAGCCAAACCGAUAUGUGUGGGAUUACUGGGUUGACCCUGGUUUGGCUGGGGUUUGUUGUCAAUUGGCAUAUCCAGGUUUCAAUGAGUGGAAGAACUGCUAACCUGUGUAGAGAGGUGAUUGGCUGUAGCAUGCAAGCAGUUUUGCGUCAUUAAUUGUUGGAAUGUUGUGCUUUCGCGCUGUUCGUGUAUGUUAAAACAGCAUUUUUCAAGCCCCCUCAAGAUUUGUGUAGGCCUAUGACCCAAAAUUGCAGCCACUCAGGGGUUCGCCUCUGGUUGCUUGUUUUGCCCCUUUCUCUGUUUCCAUAUCUGCUGCUCUGUUUUCCGCUCCCUCCUCCUCCUCCUCCUCCUCCUUCAUCUCCUUAACAUAAACCUGUUUUCAUUUACCUCCUACUGAUCCCUCGUCUCCUUCCCAAAAUUCUGUAUUUUCUCUCCUCGUAACCUUCAUUUCAUUACAUCUCUCCUUUCCCUCUUCAAUCCCUCUGUCUCUUUCUAUCUCUCGCUAUCUCCUCACACUCUCUUUCUUCCUUACCCUUUCCCUCUCUUUCUCUCUCUCUCUCCCUCCCUCUCUCUCUCUCUUUCUCCCACCCUCCCUCAUUUUCUGUGUUUGUGCCAUCUGGUAAUGCUGUUGGAGGUGUGCUCUUCUCUGCUCUCCUUUCAGUUGCUCUAAAGAUCCAAACUACAGCUGCUCUAGUCUGUUCCCAGGUGACUGACAGACACCAGUGAAUGUCUUUAAAGGAAGAGGAGGCGGACAAUAAUCUUGUGUUGCAUGAAGGAAAAGUAGAUGUUCCCUUAGUUAUGGAUGCAUCUAAUCCAUCUAGAACAGCCCUAAUCCACUGUUUGCUGAGAUUCCAUUUAAUAUAGCUCUUCUGUGAAUUCCACCCCCUGGUUAUUAUAUUGUCCUACAGAGUUGAUGAAUUCCGAAGUAAAAUGCAUUACAAAGAGCUUGCUUCACCACCAAUACAGUAGAUCGUAUAUACUACAGUGUUGCCCUUUCAUUAGACUCUCUGACUGAGUCUGAGUCACUACCUCUGUAAGGUAGUUAGAGUACUUGAGACCAGGUCUGUUAUGUGUGGAUGUGAUUGGAAUGUUCCCUCAGGGGGAUGUUGUAGCUAAUCUGGAAGACCAGUCAACCAUUCUCUGAGCUGUUUGAUGACUCUUACAUGUGUCAGUGAUCAGGGCAGCCUCCUGUCCAAUCUUUUUAAUUUUUUUAUUUGUGAUCAGGGCAGCCUCCUGUCCAAUCUUUUUAAUUUUUUUAUUUUGCCUCCCGAUCAAUCAGCAGGCACAACCUGGACUCCAGGAGGCGUGUUACCGGGCAGGAUGUUAGCCAGAAGAGCAGAGACCAGGGAGGCUUAGAGAAAGGGGUUGAUAGAUAUCUCCUGUUUCUUGGGAACUGUACAUAGAGUAUGACUAAAAACAAACUGGUAUUUCCGUGUAAGCCAUACAAGAAAUGCCUACCGUCAACAUUGGAGCUGUUUAGAGUGAAAGCAAAGGUCGCCAGGGUCUGUGAUUUGCUUAAAUAUAUUGGGGCUCUGUUGAGUACUGAGUUUGUUUUCCCUGUCUUGCAGGCCCAAUGUGUGUGGCUCUCGCUUCCACUCCUACUGUUGCCCUGGCUGGAAGACUCUGCCUGGAGGGAACCAGUGUAUUGUCCGUAAGUACCGAGACACUACGGUCACAAUACAAAUAAACUGAAAGUCAGGUUGCCUCUGCAUUGGUAGUCUAUAAAACCCCUGUAUGAAUCACAUUUGAUUUAUAUAGAGCUUUCCACAAAUGAACUUAUCAGAAAGUGCUUAACAGAAAUCUACGUACAAAGAGUAGGCCAAGAGGAGUUCUCAGGCCAUCCUCUUUUGGCUGGCUGGGCCGAAGUUCAUCUAGACAUACUGUAUAUUUGACUUCUCUUCUAUCUCUCUCCUCCCAGCGAUCUGCCGUAACUCGUGCGGUGAUGGCUUCUGCUCCAGACCCAACAUGUGCACCUGCGGCAGCGGCCAGCUCUCCCCCAGCUGUGGGGCCGGAGCCGGAGCCGGGGCCGGAGGUGAGUCCUAAUAUCCAACACCCUACAUCCCCCAACCCCACUCCCAGCAACCACCCAAUACAACCCAACACCACCCAAUACAACCUAACACACACAAUAGACCACCACAGCUAUAGAUAGUGUAAAGUUCCGCAAUCCAUGUUGGCACCACUAAAUGUUCCAUGACAAUAUCCCACUGGGCACAGACGUCAAUUCAACGUAAUUUCAUUGAAAUUAUGUGGAAACAACGUUGAGUCAACCAGUGUGUGCCCAGUGGGAUCGUUCCAAUUUGCCAUUUGCUAAAUUUCAAACUGAGUUUGCCUAGCUAGCUCUGUGUAUCCAUGGUUUUGACUGUCUGCCCAGCAGCACCCACAUGGCCAGGCCUCCCUGCCCCCACAGAGGGCUAUAACAUGUCAGGGUAAUGCUGCUUCAGAGACAGCCUGGCCUGGUUGACAGCCUCCAGCUGCUCCAGACUCAGCCUCCAGGUCAAAGGGUUUGGGAGGAUUAACGCACACGGCUGGGGCUCCUAGCCUAGCCCACUGAGGAACAGUUUUACAGCACUUACUGAGUGUGUGUAGCAUGCUCACCUGCUUGGCUGGGCGGGAGCAGUCUCAUCAGUCACGCCUAGCCCCUUCAGGCCCCCGUACACACACAGUGAGCUCUGAGCCCCGAGUGUGGGCCGGCCCAUCUGGCCCUGAGGUGUGAAACAGGAUCUACUCCACAGUCCACACACAUUGGUCGGACACCCCAGAGAGGCCAGACGCCAGCUUUAUGUGCUGGGAAAACAGUUCCCGAAACCGGGGUAUGAGCGGCUAACGUCCCCCCAUAGGCUGAAUGUUGGAGACAGGCCUCCAGCAGAGCCAAAGCCAAGUGAUGGGAAACGGUUGAAAACAGUAUGAAGUAAUUUCCCUCAGCGAGAGAGAGAGGAGCUGGACGCAGGAGCUUCCCAUAGAGCUGUAGCGAACUAAUUGUCACACUCACCACUUCUGCUCUCAUACAGGGGAUUUUUACAGACCUGCCUUACAGUAUUGGGAUUUUCCAGGUCUGGAGUUUGUUUUGUCCUGUUUUUUCUCUUCCAAACGAAUCAUUUUAUUGGUCCGUUUCAUAUUUUUGGCAAACGGGCCAGAAAUGUUGUAGUUCAACACUGUGACUUGUGUGUAUCAUUAAAAAGCAUUCUCUCUUUCUGGCCUUCUGGAAGAUUUAAUGGGAUCAAGGGUUACACAGGUUAACGACUGUUGAGAUUAAACAUGGCAUAAAUACACUCACCUGCCAGCUCUGGGAAGUACCUUACUGUCAUAGUUUUUUUUAUUAAAAUGGUCAAAAAUAAACAAAAAUGGUCUGAGUGGGGGGCCUAAUGGGAGGGAUUUGUAACCAGAAAACUAGCUGUUAUUGACAUAGAGGAGGGCAAACUCUUUGUUAGUGGUCUAUGAACUUAUACCGCCAGGCGGUCCAAAACCGCACCAAUGCAAAACAAGCAGAAAUUUCAGGCAAACUUUUCAAACAGCUCUUACACUGAAAGGGCAUUAUCAUCAUUUUCACAAUUUCAUAGUAUUAUUCCAACCUCAUAGUGUGGAAAUAUAUAUAAAACACAGGAAAAUCACAUUUUUGAAUGCAUUGCCCCUUUAAGUGAGAUGCAAUACUGCUUUGGGUGACUCUACAGACUAAUGCACUGCAGUUGACAAGCUUAAAGCUAAAUGGAGACCUGUUUUUAAAUACUGUAAAUUUCCCUUCCCUUAAUUACACCCGGUCUCUGGCAAUGUAGUCAUUGGUCAGGUUAUUGAUAGCACUUUUAUGUCUCAGAGGCCACAUCGGGAAUGUAGAGGUCGGAACAACUUGGAAGAAAUCAGCAACAUGUUUUCGGUCAAGCUAUUUAUAUGUAUCUUAAUCCACGUACUAUAGUUAUAAGGCUGUGUGUACAUUUCCAGGCAUUUUUUUUUAUCCUUUAUUUAUAAAGGUAAUCCCAUUACAUUUACAUUUACGUCAUUUAGCAGACACUCUUAUCCAGAGCGACUUACAAAUUGGUGCAUUCACCUUAUAGCCAGUGGGAUAACCACUUUACAAUUUUUUGUGGGGUGGGGUAAGGGGGGGUAGAAGGAUUACUUUAUCCUAUCCCAGGUAUUCCUUAAAGAGGUGGGGUUUCAAGUGUCUCCGGAAGGUGGUGAGUGACUCCGCUGUCCUGGCGUCGUGAGGGAGCUUGUUCCACCAUUGGGGUGCCAGAGCAGCGAACAGUUUUGACUGGGCUGAGCGGGAACUGUGCUUCCGCAGAGGUAGGGGGGCCAGCAGGCCAGAGGUGGAUGAACGCAAUGCCCUCGUUUGGGUGUAGGGACUGAUCAGAGCCUGAAGGUACGGAGGUGCCGUUCCCCUCACAGCUCCGUAGGCAAGCACCAUGGUCUUGUAGCAGAUGCGAGCUUCAACUGGAAGCUGACCAUUGAGAUGACCCAUCUCGUAUUCAAGGGAGACCUGUCAUAAGGGCGACCUGUUGCUUAUCGUUAACUUUGUUACAACAUGGUUCCUGACAAAUAAAUGAAUAUAGGCAAUAUAAAGGACUAUUGACCAAUAGAUCCUGGGCACAGCGAAGCAGCUGUGCCCAGGAUCAGUCCAGUCAUCUCAGACCUCUUCCCAUAACUAUAAUUACCCUCUAAUGACCAUGAACGCUACAUCAGAGUCCCUCAGAAACAGCUGUCAACUAACGGGUGUGACGAGUACUGAGGAUACGAAGAGGCAGGACGCAGACGCAAGAAUUAACAAGGUCAAGGUUUACUUAACAAUGAUCAAGCGAAAUCACAACGCUAGCGUAACCGACACGACGCUUAACAAUCACACACAACAUCAUCCAGAACAGUCCAGGGCUAAAUAGGGGUGGUGAUGAGAUGAUGAGGUGCAGGUGCGCUGGAGGUGAUUAGGGUGCGUUGGGUUUCCAUUCCGGUGUUGCCGAGGUGGUGCGCUCAGACCGGUGGCUCAGUAGACCGGCGAAUCAGAGCGCCGGAGGGGAGCAACGGGUGGAGACGUGACAACGGGGUCCAUACAGGCUCAGCACAACUCUGGGAAAGUGGUAUCAUAUACCUGUAGAUCUAUGACACAGACAGAAGAGCCCCAGAAAAAAAGCUUUGACUUCCCUUCUUAAAUCUUUGACUUCCAUUCUUAGAAAUCGUAAUCACUGCCAUAGUUAAUUUAUUCUGGAUUCCUAGACACAGAUUAAGUUCUGGCAUAAAUGUUAUUUCAAUGGAGAUUCUCUAUUGAGCAUGCUUUUUAUUCCAGGACUAGGCUUAAUCUGUAUCUGGAAAACCAGCCCUAUUUGAUUAACUUUACUAAUCAGAUGAAAUUGUAUUUACUGAAGUCCUAAACUGAAAGAUGGAAAUGCGAUUCAGCCAAACUCACCAGACUACACUAUUACAUCAACCAGAUUGAUUUGCAUGGCGAUGAAAAACGUGAUGCUGUGAAUCGUUUCAGACACGGUUCGUCAAAGUCUCUCCACGAGCCCGUGUAUUUCACAACAUGACAUUUCCAUAGUGAACUUGACGUUGACAUGUCACUGGUCCCAGGAGCUGUGUAUAAGCCAGUACAGAACAGAACACAGCCAUAAAGUGCCUCAGUGUUCCAGCCCCACCACCACUAGUUUCCUAUGCUCUCCCAACCUCCCGUAAAGAAAACACACAGAUGUGGAGGAUGCAGGCCGACCCACAGGGCAGCCACACAGAGGUGCAUUGUGGUUCAUGGUCUGUGGGACCCCAACCUCCUGCACGUGUGGCGCUCUAGGCACGGGUCACAGGAAUGGACCAUCUCUCCCCUCUUUAACGGGGGGGUGUCAGCGGGUCUAGCCAGUGAGAUCAUCCCCCCUUCCACCCCCUCCAUUUCCACCAACCCCCCGUUACAGAGAAAACACAUGCAUGAACCCCUUCAACCCUAAAUGUGCUGUAACAUAAAGUUUUGGUAAACUGAGUCUACAGCCAUGUCUGAUGUUCUUCCAAUCCCCGCCCCCCCCGCCCCUCCCUUUGUGACAUAUUUAGAAUAUUUUUUCUGGAACGGAUGAGAGACAUUUGAAAAAUUGACGAAUUCGCCUGAGCUGCACUCUGUUUAGAUAAAACAUUUGCAUGAUUACGUCAUGCUAAAAAUGUGUCCUCGCUAGUUGUUUUCCCCCUAGCAAUGCAUCGUGGUUCAGAGCUGCAAUCAGUCAAUAGAGUCAUUUUUCAUGUUUCAUUUCCCUGUUGGCCUGAGAGAUUAGCCUGAAUGCUGUGGGAGUUAAACGAUAUGGCCCACUGCCCUGGAGCUCUGAGUUGAGCUGAGGUUGAGUCUGGGGAGAAUAGAUCUUCCCCAUGCCGUGCAGACCCGUACACAAACCCAUAAACCUCUAGUCCAAAGGCAUUCACGCUAAUCCAUCACCAAGUGUCUGCACGAGACGCUAGCCAGGCCUGGAGUCAGACUGGGCGUUAGCUAGGUUUGCUGUGUACAGUCAGUCAGAAUGGUACUACUGGGUCAUUUACAGUAACUGGAAGUUCUAGAAUAACUGUAGAGGCGAAGAAGGGGUCCAGAAAAUCCAGUCAUGCUGUAUACCCUUACCACCUCAUGAAUCACAGCCUGUAAAGAAAGAGAAAGAGAGAUGAAUUACAGUAAUUAAAGAUGGCAGCAAGCUAGAGAAAGAGCGAGGGAGUGAGAAGGGUGUUCCAACUUCCAAUCAAUGGCUUGCAUGGGCAUCAUGUACCGUUCUACCCAGGCUGAGUAAAAACAUAGGCAUCUGCCAGAAUCAAUUACUGUAGAAGUAGUCUCAUGAAAUGUGCUGCGUUUUUAGGGAGACUGACUAAGCCCUCUCAUUAUACCACUCUGCUAUGGGCUGGUCUCUGCUGUAGGCUGGCUGGUUUCUGACAGAUCUGGUUGGAUAGAGCAGAGCAGUGGGGGGCCUGUUUUACAUCUCCUCACUUCCCCCCGAACAUACUGAGUGUCUCUGUCUGUCUGUCUGUCUGUCUAUCUGUCUCGGAAAGGCUCUGUCUGUCUGUCUCGGGCAGACUCUGUUCUGUCUGUCUGUCUGUCGAAAGCUUGCUGCUUUGAGUUCUAAGAAUGCUGCUCCUCCAGGAUUGAAGCUUUCAGAUCUCAGCACAUUCCUAUCUAUAGGACACAGCUGGCUCAACUUAUAGCCUCCACAGUCAGUUUGAUUAAACUGUAGCUGGAGUGGGGCCUGGGCCUUGUGUGGCAGUACAGUGCUCAACAAUAGACUAAUACAAUUAGGUCUACACAAAUACAGCCCAUACUUUUCUGUUGCAGUCGAGCGCUCUACAAAAAUGUAAUAGUAAAAAGUGAGUGUUGAUAUUGUUGAGUUAAACUGAAAUGCUGUCAGAGCCCAAAUACCAGUAUGUAAAAGACAGUCAGUACCCAAGUGUCACUUCCAGGCAUUGGACUAACUGUUAGUCUUGGCACAUGUCUGAUACUAGACCUAUCUGUACAACAUUGUUACACAAAUAUGGAGUUGAACUGUAAUGGUGUUCCAAGUUAAACCGAGCACCUGGGUAUUGAAGUUCCCUUUGGAGGUCAUUGCUUGUGUGUGUGACCAGCUGGUUGAGUUGAGGUUCUUGGCUAGCACAGGCAAGUUGUUCCAGCUGCAUCUGUUGACCCCUGUGUGUGUCCCACAGUGCAGAGCUGUAACGUCAGGUGUAUGAACGGAGGCAGCUGCCAAGAGGACUCCUGCUCCUGUCAGAAGGGCUACACCGGCAACCACUGUGGACAGCGUGAGUACCUCACUCGGCACACUUAGCACUCCCCCGGCUAUUGUGUGUGUAUGUAUGUGUGUUUCUGUCCACCUGUAUCAGAACCCUAACACACCUCUUCCCCUCUCCUCUCUGUAGCUGUGUGUGAGAAUGGUUGCCAAAACGGAGGGCGCUGUAUUGGGCCCAACAGAUGUGCCUGUGUCUACGGCUUCACUGGCCCGCAGUGCGAGAGAGGUAAGAGCCUUCCCAGUCUUCCCAUUUCACUCCUACUGUAAACAGAGGAAUGUUUCUUGAUAUUUAUUGUUCAAAACCAAAGUGUUUGAUGUGUAUAUAGGGAUGGGCAACUCCAGUGUAGAUCAGUGUUUCCCAACUCCGGUCCUCCGGUACCCCCACCAGCACACGUUUUUGUUGUAGCCCCGUCAAAAACACCUGAUUCAACUUGAAAAGGGCUUAUGAUUAGUUGACAAAUAGAAUCAGGUGUGCUUGUCAGGGGCAACAACAAAAAUAUGUACUGUUGGGGAUACUGGAGGACUGGAGUUGACAAACACUGCUGUAGGCCUAUAGCUGAAGCACAUCGUUUUUUUAACACUAAAGAAGCCGCCUUCUCUCAACCUCCAUUGGUUUUUCAAGAGUUGAUGAAAACCUCUUACAUUAUCACAACAGUGCCUGGGGCUCUGACAGAGACGCCACACAAUCAAGUGGUAUACAGUAUGAACUUCAUAUCUGGCAAUAAAAAAGCUCCUUUGGAAUGACAGAAAUAAGUUUAUUUGUGGAGUGCCAUGGACAUUUCCUGACAAGGAGUGGAGCGAGGGAAGGAGGGAGGGAUGGAGGCAGAGGCAGGGGGUAAAAGUAAAAAUGGACUCCCCAGCUGUGUACACAGAGCCAGGCGCGGCCAAACAAAAACAGUCUUGAGAGAAGGGAGACCACCGGACCCCAACAGCCCUCCAGCAAACCCCCCACUGCCCCAAAGUGUGUGUGUGUGUGUGUGCACAUGCACUUGUGUGUGUGGUGCUAACCCGCCCAGCCCUGCAAUUGGCUCAUCACUGUGUCCUGUAAAAAUAUGACCCUCGUCUGUCUCUCCGUCGGCCCCUGCCGAAGUCUGGGAGAGGCUGUAAAACUGUCCCUCUAUCACCUCCUCAAUCAUCCACAUCUACCUAAAGAGAGGAGAUGUGCUUUAAUUCUCACAUAAUCCCAGGGCUUCCUUAACUCAGUGAGAAUUUACAUGGUAUUAUUACCAGAGAUUUUACUACCCUGUCCUGUGAAGACAUCCGGCUAGAUAAAUCUUUGACUUUCCAAGGUUGCUGCUCCAAGGUUGCACUUAGUGGUUUUUGAAGUGGGGUGUCACGGUAAAACCAAGCCCAGAGGUGCUUUGACAGUACAUUACAGUUACAGUAGGUGUGGGUGCUUUCCUCUGUCUACCUAGAGUCACAGGGAAAGCUUCUGGUCUAAUAGGUUUCUCUGGCAGGGUGAGGAGCAAAGUUGGUGAAAAGAUGUGUGUGUGUGUGUGUGUGUGUGUGUGUGUCGCAGACAUGCUGGUUAAGCAUGAGUUACAGUGGAGACUGACAGCCACUCGGUCCCUCUCUAAUCAGCUGAGUUUCCCACCAUCCCAAGCCUCCUCCAGCCUGCAGCCGUCCAUUCUGCAGCCUGCAGCACCAAGCCCUCUCAUUACGAAGCAGCUGUAUGAAUGCGGCAAUGGGGAGUUGUUCUGCUCAUGUGUCCAGUGUGUCUCGGCCCAUUAACCAGGCUCAGGUCCAAUAGUGAACAGUAUUACUCUUAUGGGCCCACACAGUCAGCCCAAUCCAACCCAGCCCAGCCCAAACAAAACGAAAAAAUGGCGGGUGAGCUGGCCCAUGAUGACGUCAGGGCGAUGAUGAGGGGAUGGAAAGGGGGAAGUGUUGCUAUUUCUGUCCUCCUCAUGUAGUCUGACAAAGGCUCCUCCAGUGGAAGGGAAGGGUGGGUCCAAGGGAGAGAAGUGUGUAAUUCUUUAGCUCCAUCGAGACCUCAUAGAGUGGGACAUGCUGCCAGAAAGAGAGAUCCGUGACUCUGUAAUGAGUAGAGGACAGUAACUUUAUCUCAGCGUCAUGUGAUGCCUUUUAUGUCGUUUUAAUGACAUCGCCAUGUUAUGUUUUGUGUGUCAUUGGAAAUGUUAGAAAAACACGCUGGCUUUUUGCGUCUGCUUUUCAUAGUGGCACUACAUUUAGGUAUUUCUCCCAUAAACAAAAUGUAUUAAAUAAUUUGAGUGCCCUCAGAAAAGUAAAUACAUUUGUGAGUUGUCCUAAGAGGCACAGUGAAGGGUAGCCUUUGAUCUUGCCUGAUGGAAAAUCAGUUGAGGUCCUAGAAGCAAGAGUCCCCUCAAUGUACCAAUGGAGUCCAGAGAUUUCUUAUUAAUGUUAUGCAAUUUAGUACAGUAGUAGAUAAGGAAGCUUCUUUAGUAGUAGGUCUACUUUUAGCCUGGGUGCCUGACUGUUUCUGCAAUCAGUAAUGCCACAUGCAACAAACCAGACUGUGACAAGAUGACUACAGCAGAAAUACACUGGAAUCCAGGCUAAGUCAAUUUGUUCUGAAUUAGAGUAGAGACUGUUGUUAGAAUGGACUUGAGAGGGGAAUAAAAUGUAUCUGUACAAAGAAAACGAUUGAAAUUAGUGAGAACAGACCGUAAAACACACUUUUAAUGGGUGAGCAAGAACUGUGUUGUGUCUGCACUGUAGCCAUGUGUGUUCACUUGAGUUUCCACAGUCGUGUGUGUGUUCUGCAUAAUUAUCCACAGUGGUGGUUUCUGCCUCAAAGAAUGCUAUCUAUUAACUUAGCAGUCAGGCAACAAAGCUUUCUGGUGCCAAGAUUGUUAUCCUGCCUUUGAGUUUAUCUCCCUCCCUUUUCCCUGAGUCUUCCACAGUCUCCCACAGUCUCAAAGCAGGGGUUACAGGGGGAAGCAUUCUAGUGGAUCAUCACAUUUGGGCAAGUGUCCUGAGGAAGGGUUCAACCUCUUAGAGCCAUUAAGCUGAAGGGAAAGUAGAUUUAAGGGCUGUUAAUAAUGCUGUUGAUAACAGUAACAGAAACAGCACAGUUUGUGCCAAAAUGAGAAUAACACACACCUACUGUACACACAUUUGAGGAGUGUAGAUAGAUAAACACAUACACACACACAGAUGCACACAAACUUACGUGAACACACACGCACGCACACAGACACACAUGCAGUCAGAUGUAUGCACAAACACACACACACACACACAUGCACACACACACACAUGCACAUAAAGUUAAGAUGUGCACACACACACACAUGCUUGGGAUAAGUGGAAAAGCUCCCGUCUUGGCUGUGAGAUAAAGAGAUGGCGAGGUGUAGACACGGUCCGUUCUGUUUAGGCGAGUUGUAAAUCUCUCAGCUGUAUGGGUCUAAGGGCCUCCAGGUCAGGAAACUGUGAAGCAGCCACAGGAAGACCCGUGAGUUGCUUAUGUUUCCUCCUUCACUCGCUGAGGAGUCUGACCUCUCUCCAGACCAACAUUAAUGACUGCCUUCCCAUGUAAUCACAUGUUUCAUUGAGUAUAAUAAUAUCUUAUCUCAACCCUCCUCCAUUUGUCUCCAUACAUCAUGUACGGAUCGCUUUGGAAUUGGCAGAUUUUCUCUCGCUUUCCCUUGGUUUCCACCGACCGUUGACAUAAGAAGGCUUGUCGGCAUUCCCUCCCUCAUCCCUGUGAUCGUGCAGCUUGACGUCGGGAGCGUUUCCCAACCGACUUGGCCGGCAUUCCUGACUGGAUUAACAUCCCUUUUCUCAGCUCCCAGAUUAUCCCAUUCCCAUCUCCUCUCAUCAAAUGCUUUCUCUCAGGCAGGAAAAGGGGAAUAGGGAAAGAUCACAUUUAACCCAGUUACAGAUGUUGGUCUGAUUGGCUGGACAGAUCUUAUAUAGGUGAGAGUCAAUAAUAUAACCUCAUUAACCCAACUCUGGGAUGAGUUACACUUGGCCAGCACAUCUUGGCAGAUGUUUAAUACUUUGGCCUUGCUUCUAAUGUAACAGAUAUGCAAUACAUUCCUAUGAGGAGGCUGUCUUAAUUUAUUAGGUGGCCUUUGAUGAGUUUUCACAAUUAAAAGGCCAAGAAUUUGAUUUAUAGUGGUCUGUGCUUCGUCGGGAGCAUGUGGAGGAAACUGAAAAUACCUGGAAAGGAGACAGAUGGUGGUGAAAGACAGGAUACAGGAGAUGAGGGAGGGGUCCGGCGAAUAGUUUCGAUCUAUAGAGCAAUUUUAACUGUAAUUAAAUCAAAUUGCUUCCGAAUGUUGUGAACUUCGGCCCAGCCAGUACCUCAGUUCCUUAUACCCCAUUCCCAUUUCUAACUCUUCUGGCCCUGGAAUGUGCAUGUUUCCUGCUCAUGGUCAACCCACUCACUGCUUGGCCUGUCUGUCUGGUUCUGAGUCAGUUGGGUCUUGUGGCGUUGAGACAUAGACACCCUGGCAAGGCGAUUGUUAUUCAGUCCAUUAAAAGAGCGAGCGCUCAGAUCACUCCAGUCUUUUGUUUGGCCUAGCUUGGCGGCCGACCUACGGUGUGUUUUCCUUCAGGCGUAUGCACACAUAGACAGGGCUCUGCUGAACUUGGCUAGAGCCUCAAGCAGUCGUCUAGUGCUGCUUCUGAAGGUUUGGCCAUGGGAGUGCCCAGACGCCUCCUCACUUUGAGGGUCUCACUGCUGAUCAAAGGAAUUGCAGCUCUCUCUCUCUCUUUUUCUUUCUCUUUCUUUCUUUAAAUGGCUCCCUUCCAUGUCAUCUCAUACCUUUUGCAUGAACAACUUCCCUAUAGCUCUCCAUAAAGGUCAUGUUUAUGCUCCUCGCUCACUUCCACGACUUAGUUUUACUGAAAUUGUUCCAAUGUAUGAUUAAAUCAAAACCAGAUCAAAGCAUGAUGGACAUAAAGGAUUGGACCAUAUGAGUCCAACAUUAGUGUGAGUAUUAUGAUUUACAUGAGUUUUGAAUGCAGAGUUGACUGGUAGAAGAGCAGAAGAGAUGGAGGGCUUAGUUUGUUAGAUAGUGGGGGGUUGUAGAUGUGGCCCAGAGUGGUUCAGAGUUCAGAGUUCCGGAUGGACACAUCUGGACCAGAGGUUGUUCCUUCCUGGUCCCAACCAGGCCAGAUUAAUCAAGCCCAGAGGUUGUUCCUCCCUGGUCGCGACCAGGCCAGAUUAAUCAAGCCCAGAUGUGCGUGGCUGUUAUCGCCACAGUGGGUCUGUGCCGCUCGGAUGGGGACUCGCAUUCCCGGCCUCAAAUUGUCCAGGCGAGAUUCUCAGGUCAUGGGUGUGAGUGAGAGAGGACAGGAGAGGGGACAGUAAGAGGCUGCUGAGAUCUGUCUCAAUCCCUCUCUCUCUCUCUCUCUCUCUCUCUCUCUCUCUCUCUCUCUCUCUUUCUCUCUCUCUCUUACUCUCUCUGCUGGGUUUGACCUACUUUAACUCUGUCUCUCUCGCAUUCACUCGUUCUCCGUCUGGGCUGGCUGUGAUCUACCUUUCAUUUAGCUGCACCAGGAAGUAAUAAGAGCAGCGCUACUACAACAAAGCUGCCCUAUCUCUCGGUACAUCUCCUUUAGAACUGAAGAGGGUCAACUAAAACCACUUCUCCAGGGUUUAUGUUACAUUCCUCUUGACAGCUCAGACCAUGUAUUUUAUUUUAAUUCCGACCCAUCUAUAGUACCUCUAAUGAAUGCUGUAUUAAUUUUGGCACCACUACUGGAGUUAAUAAGGCCUUUCCAUUAUUAGGCCUGUUUGAGUUUUAUUAUGUGCGAUUGAAUGGGCAUCAUAUUGCUCAAAUGGUUUCAGCAUGAGGUCAUUGUGUUUGACUCGUGAAGUGCGGUUAACAAGAUUAUGUCGCCUGGUUGUUCCUGGUGAGCAGCGCAGCAAGGUGGCCAUUGAAGUCCGAGGACAUUGUGUUCUUCUCAUUACUUUGUUUCCACACAAAGUGACACACUGUAUCUUUAUUUAUAUAUAUAUAUUUUUUAGGGGGUAGAUCAGCUUUAAUAUUGCAGAUAGAUUGUGGCUUCUAUCAAUGUAAUUGUCUGCAUCAUUUCCAAUCCCCCAUAUACAGUGAGGGAAAAAAGUAUUUGAUCCCCUGCUGAUUUUGUAAGUUUGCCCACUGACAAAGAAAUGAUCAGUCUAUAAUUUUAAUGGUAGGUUUAUUUGAACAGUGAGAGACAGAAUAACAACAAAAACAUCCAGAAAAACACAUGUCAAAAAUGUUAUAAAUUGAUUUGCAUUUGAAUGAGGGAAAUAAGUAUUUGACCCCCUCUCAAUCAGAAAGAUGUCUGGCUCCCAGGUGUCUUUUAUACAGGUAACGAGCUGAGAUUAGGAGCACACUCUUAAAGGAAGAUCAAAUACUUUUUUCCCUCACUGUAUAUAUAUAUAUAUAUAUAUAUAUAGAUUUAUUUAUUUUUUAAAUAUAUAUAUAUUUUUUUUAAAUAUAUAAAUAUAUAUUAAUUAUUUUAAAUAUAUAUUUUUAAAUAUAUUUUCCAUCUUUAUUAUUUUCCCCUAGCCCUACCACCCCUCCCCUAAUUGUAGUAUAAUAAUGAUAAUAUAAUAUGCCAUUUAGCAGACGCUUUUAUCCAAAGCGACUUACAGUCGUGCGUGCAUACAUUUUUGUGUAUGGGUGGUCCCGGGGAUCGAACCCACUACCUUGGCGUUACAAGCGCCGUGCUCUACCAGCUGAGCUACAGUAAACUGAUGGACAACAAUACUUAAGCUUCCACUUCCAGCUUAUACACACUGUGUCUUUGUUAGUACGCUCAAAGCGGUUUCAACCCUCUUCGGUACAGUGAUGAUAGCCUCACCAUGGUCCAGCAGACUUUCAGACCAGCUUCAGACCUGGGUCUGGACCAAUGACUGUAUAUAUGAAUGGACAAAGCCAUUGAUCACGUGACACCAUUCAUUCCUAUGUGAAGACUCAAUAGUGCAUUGAAGCCAAAUGGAGUCGAUUAAGAUGGCGUCUCAUGGAGAGCGUUGUGCCAGUAACCGAAAGGUCGCUGGUUCUAAUCCCCGAGCCGACUAGGUGAAAAAAAUCUGUCGAUGUGCCCUUGAGCAAGGCACUUAACCCUAAUUGCUCCUGUAAGUCGCUCUGGAUAAGAGCGUCUGCUAAAUGACCAAAAAAUAAAUAAAAAAUAAUGGAGAUGUAACAUGCUCAGUUUGAGCUAAUCCAGGAAGUGACGUUGCAGGCUAGCUCAGUGCUGCACCCUUCUCAUUGAGUAACUCAAAUUGAAGGCCGACCAGGGUACUGCAGGCUGCCAUUAGCAACUAAAUUAUCCUUUUAACUUCUUCUGUGUGCGAUUUAAAAAUAAGUGGUGUAUACAGGACAUACAUCUGGUGUAUUAGAAGCAAUUACUGGUACCAUGAUUGUCUUUGAAAAUGUUUUUAUUUACACAAAGAUUGACCUUGAACAUUUUUCCAUUCACUAUAAUGAUGGUAUUGUGUUUUCUGCUAACAAUGCCUGCAGUACCGCGGUCGGCCUUGAACUGCCAUGGCUUCAAUGAGAGGGGGCAGUUGUUCUCCCCUGGUCUGGACCAAGAAUGUUUGUCAUGGGAAGAUUGUUAUUGAUGGGAACCAGUACUAAAUGGGUUCCCCCAUUAUAUAGUUAUCCCAUUACACCAGUGAAUAGGGGAACCCACUGUUCAGCAUAUUUCUAGACCAAAGUCUCUAACCAGGAAUGUGCAGCAGCAUUUAGUCUGGGGAGGUAAAUUCAUUCACACACAGUGACGCAGACAGAUUGCAACAUUUAAAGCCUAUUAAAUGGUGUUCUUCUGGGGUAUAUUUAUAUUUAUUUCAAUAACACUUCAAAUUCAAUGAAGUGUAGCUAGCAGAAGUGUGAAAUAGACUUGGCUUUAGAUGUGUUUUCCCUCACUACCUUUCAGUUAUACAGAACAUUCAGAGGGGGAUUUUAAAGAGGUCGGAUGAGAAAAUGGCUGCCAAAAUGGCUGAUUCUUGUUCUCUCUCCUUCUCUCGCUCCAGACUACCGGACCGGGCCCUGCUUCACGCAGGUCAACAACCAGAUGUGCCAGGGCCAGUUGAGUGGCAUCGUGUGCACCAAGACAUUGUGCUGUGCCACCAUCGGACGGGCAUGGGGACACCCCUGUGAGAUGUGCCCCGCCCAGCCUCACCCCUGUCGCCGAGGCUUCAUCCCAAACAUCCGCAGCGGCGCGUGCCAGGGUAAGACACACACAUGCAUGCAUUUUUACACCCACAUAUAAACACACUCUACAAGUGAGUCACACACAAACACACACCAUCCUCAUCACGAACACUGUAACCAUUACUUAAUCUGUCACCAUCAGCAACAUCUUCAAUAACAUCAUGUUUAGUGUAAACGUCAAUGUAACAGUCACCUUCCUUAUCCUAUCCUAUCUCUGAUACUGUUACCAAACUCCUGCAGCCUGCAACCGCCACCCACACAGAGAAACCAAAACACACACACACAGAGCAGAGAUACACAUCAAAGCCAGAGAGAACGAGAGGGAGAGCAAGAGAGAAAGAGUUCUAAUUUCAUCGCCUCAUGAACUGAGUUUCACCUUGCUUCAUCAACAUUCCAGCAGCAGCCCCAGACCAGUGUCUGUGUAAAUACAGGCUGUCCUCUCUCUCUCUCUCUCUCUCUCUCUCUCUCUCUCUCUCUAUCUAUCUAUCUAUCUAUCUAUCUAUCUAUCUAUCUAUCUAUCUCUCUCUCUCUCUCUCUAUCUCUCUCUCUCUCUCUCUCUCUCUCUCUCUCUCUCUCUCUCUCUCUCUCUCUCUCUCUCUCUCUCAAUUCAAUUUCAAUUCAAUUUAAGGGCUUUAUUGGCAUGGGAAACGUAUGUUAACAUUGCCAAAGCAAGUGAAGUAGAUAGUAAACAAAAGUGAAAUAAACAAUCAAUAUUAACAGUAAACAUUACACUCAGAAGUUCCAAAAGAAUAAAGACAUUUCAAAUGUCAUAUUAUGUAUAUAUAUAAGUACAAAUGGGAAAAUAAAUAAACAUAAAUAUGGGUUGUAUUUACAAUGGUGUUUGUUCUUCACUGGUUGCCCUUUUCUUGUGGCAACAGUUCAUAAAUCUUGCUGCUGUGAUGGCACACUGUGCUUUUUCACCCAGUAGAUAAGGGAGUUUAUCAAAAUUGGGUUUGUUUUCGAAUUCUUUGUGGAUCUCUGUAAUCUGAGGGAAAUAUGUGUCUCUAAUAUGGUCAUACAUUUGGCAGGAGGUUAGGAAGGGCAGCUCAGUUUCCACCUCAUUUUGUGGGCAGUGUGCACAUGGCCUGUCUUCUCUUGAGAGCCAGGCCUGCCUACGGCGGCCUUUCUCAAUAGCAAGGCUAUGCUCACUGAGUCUGUACAUAGUCAAAGCUUUCCUUAAGUUUGGGUCAGUCACAGUGGUCAGGUAUUCUGCCACUGUGUACUCUCUGUUUAGAGCCAAAUAGCAUUCUAGUUUGCUCUGUUUUUUUGUUAAUUCUUUUCAAUGUGUCAAGUAAUUCUCUUUUUGUUUUCUCAUGAUUUGGUUGGGUCUAAUUGUGUUGUUGUUGUUGUCCUGGGGCUCUGUGGGGUCUGUUUGUGUUUGUGAACUGAGCCCCAGGACCAGCUUACUUAGGGGACGCUUCUCCAAGUUAAUCUCUUUGUAGGUGAUGGCUUUGUUAUGGAAGGUUUGGGAAUUGCUUCCUUUUAAGUGGUUAUAGAAUUUAACGGCUCUUUUCUGGAUUUGAUCAUUAGCGGGUAUCGGCCUAAUUCUGCUCUGCAUGCAUUAUUUGGUGUUUUUCGUUGUACACAGAGGAUAUUUUUGCAGAAUUCUCCCUGAAUUCUGUCUCAAUUUGGUGUUUGUCCCAUUUUGUGAAUUCUUGGUUGGUCUCUCUCUCGCUCUCCUCAUUGUCUGGCCCCUCCCUGCCUCCACACGAGGCUCCCUAAUGACCAACCAGACUAAGCAGUGAGGCUGUAUCACUAGAUGACACACGUAGAGGUUGUGUCCCCUCUUAGGUAAAUUGCCCUCCAUGGACUGGAGCCUCUUCCUCUCUGUGGAGAUUUUAAUGGGAGAUGUCUAGCCAACACCCUUGUGUUGAGAUAAUGGAUUGCCUUUAUUUAAUGUUUUUCACUUAGUCUCAAAGGGGGGCACUUGCCUCAUUCACAUCAAUGUGCAGCACUAGCAGCCACCUGGGUGAAACAGGACACUCCCCUUGUAUUGGCAGAAAGCAGGUGGACAUGGCCUCUAAAGUUCCUGUUGAGUGUUGACACAUUCUCAGGAAGGUGUGGUGAAAGCCAAAUUGAAUAGAAAUACUCUCAGUCUAAUGAAAAAUAGAACUAAACAACUGAAGAAAUACGACUCUGAGACAGCAGUAAACCUUCACGCCUCACUCUGCACUCCUUUGGAAUUACCAAUGUGACUGACUGAGUGCCUUAAAGGGGCAAUCUGUGACUUCUUUGUCUGCUGUGGCCACACGACAAAAAGCAAGCAAAUUGAUGCUCAAACAAAAUCAACUACAGAUUGUGACUUUGAGACUCACAUUGAAAAACCAAAAGUCCUUUAUUAUCUAAAGCUGCAUCGAUCUAAUCCACCAUCUUACAUUCAACUCUAAGUCAACCCAUUCGUCAAAUCAAAUCAAAAUAAAAUGGUAUUUGUCACUUGCUUUGUAAACAACAGGUGUAGACACACAGUGAAAUGCUUACUUACCGGUCCUUUUCCAACAAUACAGAGUUAAAGAUAAAAAAUAUAAAUAGUGACACAAGGAAUAAAUACACGUUGAGUCGAUGUGCAGGGGUACGAGGUAAUUGAGGUAGCUAUGUACAUAUAGGUAGGGUUAAAGGGGUUCAAGUGACUAGGCAACAGGAUAGAUAAUAGACAGUAGCAGCAGCGUAAGUGGUGAGUGUAAAUGUGUGAGUUUGUGGGUAGAGUAUCAGUUCCUGAUAGCUUUUCUGUUCAAGCGUUUUUAUAUGAAAAGUCAGGUUCUUUCACAGAACCUCUAUCUGCCUCUAUAUAUACAUACACACCAAAGAAGACACCUAAUCGCCAAAAAGCCCCUGAGCAAAGUCCUGUUGGAGCCAGUUCAAAGCACACAUGCACAUGAAUCCCAAUGUAAGGAUAGCGUUCCAAGCAUCAUGGAUUUGGACGCUCCUCAACACGUGAGCACAUUUUCAGGCUUUGUUAAAAGGGAACAGAGGUCAAAUAUAUUCACAUGAUUAGAAACAGGAUGUGUGUGUGUGCGUGCAUGCAUGUGUGUGUUUGAGAGAGAGAGAGGGCGGUAUUCAUCUUGGCUGCUUAGCUGGGGACUGGCAAGGCAUGCCAACUUCCCUCUCACAGAGUUGGAUGACCAGGUGUGUGUGUCUGCAGGUCUGUGUGUUUCUAUGAGAAGAUCUCAAUUUCAUACUCCUCCCAUCCUCUCUCCUCGUCUCUUUCUCUAAACCCAUUGGAGGAAAAGGUCAGAGGGGAGGGACCUCUGGCUUUCUCAUCCAAUGGGUUUUGAGAAGGAGAUGAGAGGAUGCGAGGAAUAUACAAUUGAGAUUCUACACUUGUCUAUGAAUUCAUACCAUCCAGACAAAUACCAGUCUCAGCACACAUUCACACACCCUGACCAGACGAACCCCCUCUAGACACUAACGAUCUAAGGGGUCUGAGUCAAUGUGUUUCCACUGAAGAUGACGAAACACCAACACCUCUCACUGGCCAGCAUGGCCAGACUGUGAGCUAAUGAAGUGUAAAUGUGUGAAGAGGGGAAGCGACAAAGAUUAUGGAUAUACUGACAAGAUACUUGUCUCUCCGCCCUAACAAUGGGAGUCUUUGUCCACAAAGCGGCACGGUGGGCUGUCGAGCUCCCGCCUAUCCUUUCUUUGGUUGGUAAAUACAUCUAAUUACACUGCUCAAAAAAAUUAAGGGAACACUUAAACAACACAUCCUAGAUCUGAAUGAAUGAAAUAAUCUUAUUAAAUACUUUUUUUUUUACAUAGUUGAAUGUGCUGACAACAAAAUCACACAAAAAUUAUCAAUGGAAAUCAAAUGUAUCAACCCACGGAGGUCUGGAUUUGGAGUCACCCUCAAAAUUAAAGUGAAAAACCACACUACAGGCUGAUCCAACUUUGAUGUAAUGUCCUUAAAACAAGUCAAAAUGAGGCUCAGUAGUGUGUGUGGCCUCCACGUGCCUGUAUGACCUCCCUACAACGCCUGGGCAUGCUCCUGAUGAGGUGGCGGAUGGUCUCCUGAGGGAUCUCCUCCCAGACCUGGACUAAAGCAUCCGCCAACUCCUGGACAGUCUGUGGUGCAACGUGGCGUUGGUGGAUGGAGCGAGACAUGAUGUCCCAGAUGUGCUCAAUUGGAUUCAGGUCUGGGGAACGGGCGGGCCAGUCCAUAGCAUCAAUGCCUUCCUCUUGCAGGAACUGCUGACACACUCCAGCCACAUGAGGUCUAGCAUUGUCUUGCAUUAGGAGGAACCCAGGGCCAACCGCACCAGCAUAUGGUCUCACAAGGGGUCUGAGGAUCUCAUCUCGGAACCUAAUGGCAGUCAGGCUACCUCUGGCGAGCACAUGGAGGGCUGUGCGGCCCCCCAAAGAAAUGCCACCCCACACCAUGACUGACCCACCGCCAAACCGGUCAUGCUGGUGGAUGUUGCAGGCAGCAGAACGUUCUCCACGGCGUCUCCAGACUCUGUCACGUCUGUCACAUGUGCUCAGUGUGAACCUGCUUUCAUCUGUGAAGAGCACAGGGCGCCAGUGGCGAAUUUGCCAAUCUUGGUGUUCUCUGGCAAAUGCCAAACGUCCUGCACGGUGUUGGGCUGUAAGCACAACCCCCACCUGUGGACGUCGGGCCCUCAUACCACCCUCAUGGAAUCUGUUUCUGACCGUUUGAGCAGACACAUGCACAUUUGUGGCCUGCUGGAGGUCAUUUUGUAGGGCUCUGGCAGUGCUCCUCCUGCUCCUCCUUGCACAAAGGCGGAGGUAGCGGUCCUGCUGCUGGGUUGUUGCCCUCCUACGGCCUCCUCCACGUCUCCUGAUGUACUGGCCUGUCUCCUGGUAGCGCCUCCAUGCUCUGGACACUACGCUGACAGACACAGCAAACCUUCUUGCCACAGCUCGCAUUGAUGUGCCAUCCUGGAUGAGCUGCACUACCUGAGCCACUUGUGUGGGUUGUAGACUCCGUCUCAUGCUACCACUAGAGUGAAAGCACCGCCAGCAUUCAAAAGUGACCAAAAACAUCAGCCAGGAAGCAUAGGAACUGAGAAGUGGUCUGUGGUCACCACAUGCAGAACCACUUCUUUAUUGGGAGUGUCUUGCUAAUUGCCUAUAAUUUCCACCUGUUGUCUAUUCCAUUUGCACAACAGCAUGUGAAAUGUAUUGUCAAUCAGUGUUGCUUCCUAAGUGGACAGUUUGAUUUCACAGAAGUGUGAUUGACUUGGAGUUACAUUGUGUUGUUUAAGUGUUCCCUUUAUUUUUUUGAGCAGUGUAUUUUAAUACUUUCUUGAAUAUUUGAUGGGGGUUGUUGACAUCAACCGCCUGUAUUCAAUGGAGAGAUGCUAUGCUACUAGCCUCAUGCAAUGAAUAUGCAUAGCCAUCUCGAGACAACUCUGAUAUGAAGUGUUUUUUCUCAAAGUUGCGGGGAUGUCAUAAGUCCUACUUACCGUACCAGUCAAAAGUUUGGACACACCUACUCAUUCAAGUUCAAGGGUUUUUCUUUAUUUUUACAAUUUUCUACAUUGUAGAAUAAUAGUGAAGACAUCAAAACUAUGAAAUAACACAUAUGGAAUCAUGUAGUAACCAAAAAAGUGUUAAACAUAUAAAAAAUAUAUUUUAUAUUUUGGAUUCUUCAAAGUAGCCACCCUUUGCCUUGACAGUUUUGCACACACUUGGCAUUCUCUCAACCAUUUUCACCUGGAAUGCUUUUCCAACAGUCUUGAAGGAGUUCCAACAUAUGCUGAGCACUUGUUGGCUGCUUUUCCUUCACUCUGCGGUCCAACUCAUCCCAAACCAUCUCAAUUGGGUUGAGGUCGGGUGAUUGUGGAGGCCAGGUCAUCUGAUGCAGCACUCCAUCACUCUCCUUCUUGGUCAAAUAGCCCUUACACAGCCUGGAGGUGUGUUGGGUCAUUGUCCUGUUGAAAAACAAAUGCUAGUCCCACUAAGCACAAACCACAUGGGAUGGCGUAUCGCUGCAGAAUGCUGUGGUAGCCAUGCUGUUUAAGUGUGCCUUGAAUUCUAAAUAAAUCACUGACAGUGUCACUAGCAAAGCACCCCCACACCAUCACAUCUCCUCCUCCAUGCUUCACGGUGGGAACCACACAUGCAGAGAUCAUCCGUUCACCUACUCUGCGUCUCACAAAGACAUGGCAGUUGGAACCAAAAAUCUCAAAUUUGGACUCAUCAUACCAAAGGACAGAUUUCCACCGGUCUAAUGUCCAUUGCUCGUGUUUCUUGGCCCAAGCAAGUCUCUUCUUCUUAUUGGUGUCCUUUAGUAGUGGUUUCUUUGCAGCAAUUCGACCAUGAAGGCCUGAUUCACGCAAUCUCCUCUGAACAGUUGAUGUUGAGAUGUGUCUGUUACUUGAACUCUGUGAAGCAUUUAUUUGGGCUGCAAUCUGAGGUGCAGUUAACUCUAAUGAACUUAUCAUCUGCAGCAGAGGUAACUCUGGGUGUUCCUUUCCUGUGGCGGUCCUCAUGUGAGCCAAUUUCAUCAUAGCGCUUGAUGGUUUUUGCAACUGUACUUGAAGAAACUUUCAAAGUUCUUGAAAUUUUCCAGAUUUACUGACCUUCAUGUCUUAAAGUAAUGAUGGACUGUCGUUUCUCUUUGCUUAUUUGAGCUGUUCUUGCCAUAAAAUGGACUUGGUCUUUUACCAAAUAGGGCUAUCUUCUGUAUACCACCCCUACCUUGUCACAACACAACUGAUUGGCUGAAACACAUUAAGAAGGAAAGAAAUUCCAUAAAUUAACUUUUAACAAGGCACACCUGUUAAUUUACAUGCAUUCCAGGUGACUACCUUCAUGAAGCUGGUUGAGAGAAUGCCAAGAGUGUGCAAAGCUGUCAUCAAGGCAAAGGGUGGCUACUUUGAAGAAUCUCAAAUAUCAAAUAUAUUUUGAUUUGUUUAACACUUUCUUGGUUCCAUAUGUGUUAUUUCAUAGUUUUGAUGUCUUCACUAUUAUUCUACAAUGUAGAAAAUAGUAAAAAUAAAGAAAAACCCUUGAAUGAGUAGGUGUGUCCAAACUUUUGACUGGUACUGUAUAUCAGUAAACUUGUAACAACCUAAGCAUUACGAAACUUCUAUUCAAACAAAUAAAUAAACCUCACAUAGAAAAUAAGCCGUAUAUAUUUUUUUGUUGACCAAAUUCAACACUCUCAUUGACCUCCACACAACAACUCCUUGCUUGGUGGGCGAAAAAAAACAAUGAUCGCCACCUGCUGGAGGGAGACAGAUUUUCCACCGAGUUGGGCCGCUCUCUUUAUCUCUUCUUCUCUGAUAAACGACUCCUCCCUCUCGUUAAACAACUCUAAAGAAGACAUGUCGUGCUUCCUGGUUACCGUGUUUACUGUCAGAUCAGAGCCCCAUGCCCACAGCUCCAUCCUCGUUACUCACGGCAUGAUGGGGAAAUAUGCGCAUACAUGAACCCACUCCCUACUCAAACAAGGGCUGCAGUCUGGAGUCAUCUUGGUUCCUAGGUGGAGGUGCCAAGAUAUCCCCUGUUCUUUCCUGCUGCGCCCCUUUCAACAGGUUUUAAUACGGGACUGAAAGUUCAGAAAAAUAAAUAUUUUUGCCAUAUGUCUUCUCAUGAUUGAUUAUUGUACUAUAAUGUAAUGUGUGCGCCCAGCCUACUUCACUUUAAAGGUGCUAUAAAUCACAGAGCGUAAAAUCCAAAUUCUUUCACACACAUUUAUAGACUAGUGGGCAGUAAAGCUUUGGAAGAUUCUUAGCUCAUUAAGAGUAGACUCAGAGUACUUUAAAGUGCAUCUCUUAAAGCAACUCCUGUUAAGUGCUGCUUAUUUGUGCUGAUGGUCUCCAUUCUCUCUCCCUCAUUUCCCUCUCUCUCCUUUCCCCUCUUUCUCCCUUUCUCCAUACCUCUCUUCCCCAUUUCCCCCUCUCUCUCCCUUUUUCUCUCUCUUUACCCCAUCCCCUUCCUCGCUCUCCUACUCUUGCCCCUCCCCCCUUUCUCUCUCUCUCUCUCUCUCUCCCUCCUUUCCCCUGUAGAUGUGGAUGAAUGUCAGGCCAUCCCGGGGCUGUGUGCAGGAGGUAAUUGUAUCAACACAGUGGGCUCCUAUGAGUGUAAAUGUCCAGCGGGCCACCGCCAGAGUGACACCAGCCACAAGUGCGAAGGUGAGUCCCACACACAGACCCUCUGUGGUGAUAUUAUAUUAUACACCUUAUAUAACAAAUAGGAAUGUAUAACAAUGAAUUUGUGUAAUGGAAAACAUAUUGGUCGUAAAUUAAAGUAGGCUUAGCUAACUGAACUCAGUGCCUCAGUUAAUAAUUUGAUUUUGAAUUGCAUUGUUUUGGUUUUUUGGCAGGGUUUUGUUAGCAGUUUUGAGUACUGUGGCUAUUGCCUUCUGUGGUUAUCAAGUCUCUGGUAUGGAAAUGUACACACACAAGGAAGAAAGGGUGCAUUUGAACAGAGACUGGGUGUCCAGUGACAGCUAUAGAGCAAGAGAGAGCUCAGCUGUUAGACAUCAGUAGGCCCUGGGGGUUAAUGAAGGGUUAGAAACCCUUAUAUACCUGGAGGAGCCUCUAAUUAGCUGGUCAUGUGAUGAGGGAAAGAUUCACACACACACACUCUCUCUCUCUCUCUCUCUCUCUCUCUCUCUCUCUCUCUCUCUCUCUCUCUCUCUCUCUCUCUCUCUCUCUCUCACAGACAUGCAUGCUUUCAUGUACUCACACAAACACAGACACUGCUGUCCUAUCACAGUCCCACUGAAAUUGGAUUGUGCUGCAGCAGCCUUAUGGUGCCGGAGGCCUGUUGGCUGGACUAGCAGGAGAGGUGCCCUGUGCCCUGUAGUCUUUGAAGCCUGGUGGGAUGAGAGGCAGCGUAUCGGAGUGGAGGUCCUUGGAGGUUAACUAAUUAUAGGACAAUGGAAGACAGUAGUGGAUCAGCCCCAGGCCUGAGGCUCUAUCGCUGGGCUUCGUUUGGGCCAAGGUGGGGGCUGCUUUUAGGGAACAUUGUUUUAGAGCUUAAUUGGGGCAGUCAGUUUUUAGUCUCAAAACGUCAAGCAUUUCAUAGUCCACUAAAGGGUAGAGAAUACAGAGUUUAAAUGGAAGAUAUCUAGUCAGUUGUACAACUGAAUGCAUUCAACUGAAAUGUGUCUUUCACAUUUAACCCAACACCUCUGAAUCAGGGCGUUUGGGGGGGGGGGCUGCCUUAAUCAACAUCCACGUCAUUGGUGCCCGGGGAACAGUGGGUUAACUGCCUUGCUCAAGGGCAGAACUACAGAUUUUUACCUUCUCAGCUCAGGGAUUCGAACCAGCAACCUUUUGGUUAUUGGCCCAACACUCCUACCCGCCAGGCUACCUGCCAACCUACCGUCCAUAACUAUAAAUGCCCAGAUACCUCAAAUAGCACAGCUCUGAGAUUGAGAGAUUCAAGACCCAUUUUGUUCAGUUAUGACAUCACAGACCACCAUCAGUAUUCCAAAGGAAAAUGGGUUUCAAAAUGCCCUCCAAGUUUAUGCACAAACAUGUCCUCAUGUUCUAGUGGAGCCAGCCUUGGCGCUGUUAACAUGUCUGGGAGGUAGUUCUUCUUGGCCAAAGCAACCCAGCUGAUUUCAUACCUCUUUUCACUCCAGUAGUGUUUCACACUUGUUCUUUUUUCUCUCCUUCUUUUUUGCCCCCCAUUUUCCUUCAAUAAAUACAGUCUACUGGCACAGGGCCAGCUGUUAGCGCUAGCACAAAGAAACAUUUACAGAGCAGAGAUGACUUUAUCGUCUGACACUUGUGGACCCACACACACUAUACAUACUAUACAUACUAUACAUACAGACACACUCUUACACACACACAGACACCUGUACUAUACAGAGAUACACACUCACUGACACACUCAACCUAUACAGACAUACACACACACACACACACACAUACACACUCACUCAUACAUAUACACAACGCAUACAUACUUUCUCUCACACACAAACACAGUCUCACAACACACACUUUGAUGAUUGAACAGUGGUCAUUUAUCCAGGUGGCAGACAUUUCCCUCCACACACACAGCGCUGCAUGUCUGAGCUGUGUAAAGUCUGGUCCUAUUCAGGGGGAGGAAUGCUGACACCACGUUUAUUUUUCUGCUCUUUUAUGACUUGAGGAGAACCUUUCACCACCGCAGUCUGACAAUAGUCAGCAGGGGACCCAGUGUCUCUUAACUUCCCAUUACAUACACGCACACACUGCCCCAUAGACAGCGUUGAUGCUUACCCACUGCCAACACACACGCACACACUACUAAUGCAUACCCACCGACUGCACACUCACAUUUACGGGCCCGCCUCUCACACGCCACACUAUACAAAUAUGCAUACUGUAAUUUGACCAAAAAGGUAAUUAUAUAUGUGCAUAAAUAAGCGUAACACAUCAUAUAAACCCAAUGCCUUCUGGAGCCUCACUUCACUCUCACCAUCAUAGCAGUGAGAGGCCUUUUCAUGUGUAGGGUUAUAUACUGUAAUACACCACACGGCAGACUGGACCCUGCCAAGUACUGGCUCUUUCUCUCUCACACACACACACACACGCACUAGCUCUAUACUGCUGACUCCCAGGUCUAGUGUACAGAUGUAGGAUCUUAAUUUGAUCACUCUUUUGUUGUUGAGUAUUUUCCUGUACUGCAUGAAAUGAAAACUUGUAGUGUAUUUGGGUUUUUAAAAGUAUUUUAAAGUUUGUAAUUUACACUUUGAAAAUUCACACUUGAUUUGCCCUAACAAAAAAUUGAUCAACCCCUACAAAAAUGUCCAUUAAUUAUAAUGCACAUAAUAAUUCCCAUCUCCUGUUGCUGCAGGAUUAUUUUCCUGCUGUAGGAAACUGGCUCAAAUGAAGAUCCUACAUCUGUAGUCAAUCAAAUUUCAAUCACAUUUAUUUAUAAAGCCCUUUUUAGAGAGAAAGGGAGAGAGAGGGUCGAAAGAGCAGGUCCGGGACAAGGUAGCAGGUCCGGUGAACAGGUCAGGGUUCCAGAACAGCAGAACCUGGAUCAGCAGCACGACCAGGUGGACUGGGGAUGGGGACAGCCAGGAGUCGUUAGGCCAGGUAGUCCUGAGGCAUGGUCCUAGGGCUCAGGUCCUCCGGGAGGGGAGAGAGAGAGAGCCAGAAAGAGAUGGUAGAAUUAAAGGGAGCAUACUUAAGACCACACAGGACACCAGAUAAGACAGGAGAAUUACACCAGAUAGGACAAACUGACCCUGACCGUAGUCUCUCCGGGACAGCUGAAGUAUUCCCAUGGCGUUGUGCGUGUGGGAAACUCUCACCAUUUAGACCUCUUAAAAUCCACCACAGUUAUGAAGUCUUUGGCAGAACACAAUCCCAGAGAUUUUCCAUAUGACCGCCUCCUCCUUUUGUAGACUUCAGAUCUCCACUCAGGUUGGCUUGACUGUGUCUAGUACACAAAAAAAGUGCUAUCUAGAACCUAAAAGGGUUCUUCGGCUGUCCCUAUAGGAGAACCCUUUGAAGAACCCUUUUUGGUUCCAGGUAGAACCCUUUUGUGUUCCAUGUAAAACUUUUUCCACAGAGGGUUCUACAUGGAACCCAGAAGGGUUCGACCUGGAACCAAAAAGGGUUCUCCUAUUGGGACAGCCGAAGAACCCGUUUAGAACCCUUUUUUCGAACAGUGUAGCAGUUGUUCCUGCUCUUGUAUUUAGAGUUAUGAGCAGUUAUUAUUUGAGGCCCUCAAGUGUAUUUGACAGAUGAGAUAUAGUCCACUUCUUCAAAUAUUUGAGAUGGAUCCAAAUACUUUGAGCAGCUGUUAUCGAGGAAAAUGAAUUCUUCCAAAUAAUGCCUGUGACAGGGUUUUGAGUUACUGCGUGUGUAUGAUGAGUGUAUGACUCUCAUGAAGCUCAGUGUAUGCUCUAACUCCAAUGAUCUAAUUGUUUGUGUGUGUGUGUUUCAGAUAUUGACGAGUGCAGCACUAACCCAGGUGUUUGUGAUGGAGGUGAAUGCACCAACACAGCCGGCAGCUACGUCUGCACCUGUCCCCGUGGUUACAUCACCAGCACUGACGGUGCCAGAUGUGUAGGUGAGUUAGCGCUGCCCCCCCCCCCCUUCCCCCCCGGACACACACCCCUCCCUCCCUCCUUCACCCUCUUGUUAGCCACUGACUGUUCACAUCUGGACUUAUCCCUCCCUCCUUCACCCUCUUGUUAGCCACUGACUGUUCACAUCUGGACUUAUCCCUCCCUCCUUCACCCUCUUGUUAGCCACUGACUGUUCACAUCUGAACUUAUCCCUCCCUCCUCUCUUUCCCCCUCCAAUUCCUUUCCUGUGACUAGCAUUCUGAUGAGUCAAGCCGGUCUGCAUUCAUCAUGUGCAGGCCCAGGGACGCACACUCGGCCUUGACUGCUGUAAUGCCAGUUAGCAUUAGCACCUCUCUGACUCACACCCUGAAACACUACCAGCUGUUAAUGUAGAGCGCAUGCAAUCUUCAGCAGCUCACCUCAAAAUGGCCGCCAGAGAGCUGGCCCUGUUGCUUUCGAACAGCGUUCGAAUGGGAGUCCAACAAAUCUCUUUCACUCAAGGUCCCUCUCCUAGCCAAGCAGAACCACUUGAUUACUUUAAUUGAAAAGUCGUACGCCCCAAUGUCUCCUAGGCAGGAGAACGAGGUAUUCAAAUUCACUCACGGGUCAAAGUUUUGUUGGCCCCCCUCUCUCUUUGGCACGCAAUCCAUUUUCCAUCAUCUAUUGAAUAUCUCUGCUGUACUUGUUUGUUGUCUUUUGGCUAAUAAAGGGAAACCGGGUGAAAAUGCCAAGCGAACAAUGAACAGUGUCAACAAUGAUCUCACAAGGAGCCCUCUGUUCUCUUCUGUUCUGCCUGGCCUGGUCGUGUGGCAGAUUGUUUAGCUUCAAGGUAGAAAGCAUCUGGACUCACUUAGAGGCCUGCAGGAGAACAAAGCUGACACCACCACGACAACAAGCAAGACGAGCCAGAGAAGAGGGGAGAAAGAGAGGGGGUGGAGAGAGGAGAAAACUAUCCAAACUAUCCCCUUUCUCUGUUGUUCUGUGCCAGAACAAAUGGGUAGAGCAGUGGGAGAGAGGGACGAGGGGAAAGGAGAGGGAAGCGUAGCCUGAUUGGGAACAUGCGUGUGGAAAAUGACGGUCCACUGAGGUAGGAACAGGGGGGUGGUGGGGGGAGGAGAGAGAGACAUAUGGGAUGGUCCAACAGGUUAAACUGGGUCUCAUGCUCUGUCUUCACUUUGACCAAGAAGACUCUGUCGCUCUCUCUCUCUCUCUGUCCUCACUUCUAUCUCUCUGUCUUCCCCCAAUUCUCUCUUCUUUGACCCAUUAGACUCCUUCGUUUUUGUCCCCUCUUCUCUUUCUCUCUCUCACUCUGGUCAGGGGGAGAUUGAGGAGAGAGAGAGUCACACUGGAGAUAUUUCUUUCCGCUAACAUUCCUCCCACCCCCUCUCUUUCUUUCUCUGCCCCCGUUCUCUUGCUUUCUCCCUCUCUUCUCCAUGCCCCUUUUUUGCUUACCCCCUGUUUUCUCUUUCCAUCGUUUCUCACCCAGAGCGCCCAUCCAUCUGUCUAGUGUAACCCGGUGAACUGUAGAGUCCCCAGGAACAAAUCAAAGAGAGCUGUGAUAUCAGGCCCUGUCUGACACAUUGACACAUCCCACCGUAUUUCCUCAGCUCCAGCCAGACCCAUGCUGUGGCUGGCUCCCCUGUGUGUGUCCGCCGACUCGGCCAUGUUUGCUUGGGUGCGUUUUGCGAGUGGAGGUAGACUAAGAAACUACACGAGGUGAGCAGGGGGCUCUAGGUCCAGGAAUGUCGGCUCUAGCCGAGCUGAUUUCUUGCCUGCCUGCCCUUGGCCCUGGGCUGGCGUUAUUCUGGGACAGCAUAGCGUGGAGAAGCAGACCGGAGGGACCUGUUGAGCCCGACACUAAUCAGCCCUAAUGCCCCGUCCGUCGCACCGUGAAAACCCAGUCUGUAAAAAAGAAAGCAUGCAGUUGUGCUGUUCGCUAUAGGCUAGCUAGCUAGCUAGCUAAGGGUCUGGUUCCAAUUUAAGUCAUCAUCAUCCCCAUCACCGCCCUCCCUUCUCCCUUCCAUUCCGUUCCCUCACCCACUCUCCCUCCAAUCCUGCCCCCAGCUGGGUUGGUCCCUUGGGAAGGAGGGAGGGAGGGGAAGUUGGCCUGUUUAAAGUGCAUGGCUAUAUGCCCCAGACACAGAGCUUCUCAUGUCCAAUAUAAUUGUCCAGGAUUGCUCCACAUGGAACUAAUUAAUUCCGGACUGCUAGCUCAUUAGCAAAGUUAAUCGACUUGCACGCCUGCCUCCCCCUCCCCCCUCUGUCUUUCCCCCUACACUUUCAUCUGCAUUACACACACAAACACACGCAUGCACCAAGGGACCCUCACUUCUUCUCCACUUACCCCGAACACACCCUUUCCCUCCCCCUUCCUCCCCCAGCCUAUUUACCCUGACCUGUGGGACUGUAGCAAACAACAGGGCCAUAUUAGGAGGCCCUUGUGAUGCCUGCAGUUAUUAGGACCCCUGAGACCUUUACAGCUCCCAGACCAUAAAUUAGCUUCCUCCCAUGCUACCAUGUAGAGGGUAGGGAGGGGAAAGGCAGCCCUGGCAUUUGGGGACAGCUGUUAGCUGUAACAUCUCCUCAGGGCUGGAGGAACCACACCUCCAUCCCCACUCCCUACUCCCAAUUGCGUACCAUCUUUGUGGUAGGGAGGUGAUUGUCAAGCUUUUUUGUGCUGAAAGCUUUUGAAUUUUCUUGUGAUCCGGAAGGAUGUAGAAACCCUUGUUUCCCGUCAGAAUCGUACACUGUGACUCAGUAGAAACUGUGGUUAUACCUUGUCACCAGAGUAUUUCCAGUAUGGUAAAGCAUGUGCAUUAUAACAUGGUCUGCCUAAAGGUGAAAUAGUAACAUUAGAUGUUCUACAUGACCUGGAAGUCAAACGUGUUUACAACAUCAUGAGCGAUUUGAGUGACUUACCCUGAAGCAUACUGACCUCUCUUCCCAACUCUCUUUCUCUCUCCCUUCUCCCCUCCAUCUCUCCCUCCAUCCUCUCCCUCCAUCCUCUCCCUCCAUCCUCUCCCUCCAUCCACUCCUCCCUCAGACCAACGUGUGGGCACGUGUUUCUCGGCGUUGGCGAGUGGGCGCUGUGCAGGCGACCUGCAGGGCCAGUAUACCAAGAUGCAGUGCUGCUGUGACACAGGCCGCUGCUGGGCUUCUGGACAGAUCCCUGAGAUGUGCCCUGUCAGGGGGUCCGGUGAGCACACACAUACACACUCUCUCCUCCUCGUCUGUCUCAGACACACACACAAUUUAAGACUACUAACCCACAGUCCAAACUCCCUUUUGCACAUCAAUUGAUGAGUUAUUUUGUGCAUGUGUUAUGAAUGAAUAGCUUGAAUAGCUUGGAUUGCCUGUCAUGUAACUGACAAUGUAAGUGAUCCAUGAUCCCACAUCCCCUCACUACUGAAGAGCAUGACCUCAUGACUAAUAGCAAAAGGACAAAGAUGGAAAAGAUCUGGGUGAAGACCAUGACCGUGGUCUUGUCUAUCUAGCUCACAUAUGUCUGUUCCCCUAUGAGAGUGUGUGUGUGUUCAUUUUUUCUUUCAUGCAUGUCGUGUGUGUAUAAAUGAGUGCUGAGCUGUACUCUCACACGCACACAUGCACUCACGCAUACACACACACACACAAAUACAGCCAGCCUUCACUCCCAAGGUCAAAUGCUAUUUCUAAGGGGUUUAGGGUUAGGGUUAGAAUUAGUGUUAGGGUUAGGAGCUAGGGUUAGUGUUACGGUUAGGGUUAGGAGCUAUGGUUAGGUUUAGGGUUAGGGUUAAGGUUAGGGUACGGGUUAGGGGUUAAGGAAAAUAGGAUUUUGAAUGGGACUGAAUUGUAUGUCCCCACAAGGUUAGCUGCGCAAGACUGUGUGUGUGUGUGUGUGUGUGUGUGUGUGUGUGUGUGUGUGUGUGUGUGUGUGUGUGUGUGUGUGUGUGUGUGUGCGUGCGCGUGUGUGUGUAUGUGCAUUGUCUGUAGUCUUGGCUAGGAUACUGACAUCAACUCCCUUUGGACCUACCAUGAAAAAAACAUACACUCACAUUCAAGAGAUUUCACACUGACAUACAUAAAUAAAUGUAAACAUAGAUUUAACCAUAGACAUAAACAUAGAUCCGAUCAGGGUUUUACAUAUACAUCCCCAUUUUCCAGACAUAAUCAUGCCCAGGCAUUGUUCCAAUGUGUGAGUUUAUGCAACCACUUACCCAUAUACAGUAUAUAAUAUCAAAAUAGGUCAAACUGACCCAAACCAUAACAAAACAACAUACUGAGAUAAAUGUGUGUAUGGGAGUCAUUUGAAGAUAACCAACAUUAACCCUUUCCAUGCUCUCUCCUGUAGAUGAGUACAGAAGGCUGUGCAUCGAGGGGGUUCCCCAUGGCACAGGUAAUGGAGGUUUCCCCCACGGAGGCUUCCCCAAUGGUGGUGGCAGCAACGGUAACGGUUACAGCUACGGCUACAAACUCAACCCCAACGGACCUAACGGCAAUGGUCACCAUGGCAUUGGAGGAGGGGGACAGGGAGGAGGAGGAAAUGGUUUCGGAGGAAACGGUGGGGGGCGUAAUAUCGGUGAGUUGGUUAGGCCGCAAAAAGUGUCCAUAGAGUAGUGUUCUAUUGUUAGCCUGUGGUUUUAUGUUUUGUAUCAGAGAUAUUAGAUGGUGUUUAAACCAUAGAAAUUAUAAAAGUACUAGUAUUCUAAUUCCUAAUUCUAUGGUUUAAACUGAGUAUAAAGUGCAUUCGGAAAGUAUUCAGACCCCUUGACUUUUUCUAUAUUUUGUUACGUUACAGCCUUAUUCUAAAAUUGAUUAAAUUGUUUUUUUCCCUCAUCAAUCUAUACACAAUACCCCAUAAUGACAAAGCAAAAACUGUUUUUUGGAAAUGUUUGCACAUAUAAAAUAAAAUAAAUAAUGACAUUUACAUAAGUAUUCAGACCCUUUACUUAGUACUUUGUUGAAGCACCUUUGGAAGUGAUUACAGCCUUGAGUCUUCUUGGGUAUGACGCUACAAGCUUGGCACACUUGUAUUUGGGGAGUUUCUCCUAUUCUUCUCUGCAGAUCCUCUCAAGCUCUAUCAGCUUGGAUGGGGAGCGUCGUUGCACAGCUAUUUUCAGGUCUUUCCAGAGAUGUUCGAUCGGGUUCAAGUCCGGGCUCUGGCUGGGCCACUCAAGGACAUUCAGAGACUUGUCCCGAAGCCACUCCUGUGUUGUCUUGGCUGUGUACUUAGGGUCGUUGUCCUGUUGGAAGGUGAACCUUCAACCCAGUCUGAGGUCCUGAGCGCUCUGGAGCAGGUUUUCAUCAAGGAUCUCUCUGCACUUUGCUCGGUUCAUCUUUCCCAUGAUCCUGACUAGUCUCCCAGUCCCUGCCGCUGAAAAACAUCCCCACAGCAUGAUGCUGCCACCACAAUGUAUAACCUGUUGAUCAGUUCAUGGACUAGGUCUUUUGGAGAAGAGAUUGUAUCUCAAUGAGACAAACCUGAAUGUCAAAAUAGUGAUGGGAGCAACUUUUCAUCUCUUUUCAUGUUCUUCACUGUGUUUUAGAAAAUAAUAAACAUUGUUUGGUAAGGUAAUGUAAUUGUGUGUUGUGUUGUGUAUCCUCAGUGUCACUCAAUGAGACCGUUGAUGUGUGUAAACAUUUCACCAACCUGUGUUUGAACGGCCGCUGUAUCCCCACCCCGACCAGCUACCGCUGUGAAUGUAACAUGGGCUACAGACAGGAUGUACGCGGGGAGUGUAUUGGUAAGCCCACUAGAAAGUAAUUACAGUUAGGAAAAUUACAUAUACUCUACUGCCAUCUUAUGACCACGCAUGGAACUUCUCUGGUAGAUGUUUAACUCAGGGUAUCUUUACACAGUAGCAUUGAUUCUUAAACCUUUUUUAACAAGUAUGGGAGUGUUCAGAUUUGUAAUUGGAGCACCCUGGGUUUUACUGAUAAACUGUAAUUGGAGCACCCUGGGUUUAACUGAUAAACUAAUCUCUCUUCAUCUCCCUCCUCUCUUCUCCUCCCUCCUUCAGAUGUGGAUGAGUGUGUCAGCAACCCCUGUGUCAAUGGAGACUGUGUCAACACACCUGGAUCGUACCACUGCAAGUGUCACGAAGGCUACCAGGGCACCCCCACCAAACAGGCCUGCAUUGGUAUGUUCCAAUUACUCACCAGAACAACUACAGACCAUGAUAAUUAUUUAUUACAACAGUUGAAUGGUAUGGAUGGACUGUGUACUUUGGGCUACUGACGGUCUCUGCUUGUAACAGACUGGUACCUAACCUGGCUAACAGUCAAACUAAGCCUAAACUCCCCUCCCCUUCCCUCCCCUCCACAGAUAUUGACGAGUGCAUCGUGAACGGAGUGAUGUGUCGUAACGGACGUUGUGUCAACACUGGCGGAAGCUUCCAGUGCAUCUGCAACGCUGGCUUUGAACUCACUCCUGAUGGAAAGAACUGCAUAGGUAACAAUGGACAUUCAUGUAUAUAUUCAAUCAACGGAUAUGGUAGAUUAUUGCACGUCUAUACCACUAUAAAUUAAAACUUGUCUCCUUGUUCUCUUCCAGAUCAUGAUGAGUGUGCCACCACCAACAUGUGUCUCAAUGGAAUGUGUAUCAAUGAGGAUGGUAGCUUCAAGUGUAUCUGCAAACCUGGCUUUGCCCUGGCACCUAACGGACGCUACUGCACAGGUACAUCAUCUACCAUACCCAAGUUACAGUUAUCUGAAGUCAACAGAGUUGCAGUUGAUAGCUGAUCCACUGGAUCACUUGUUGAUAGUCUGAUCAACAUCUAUAGUGAGGGAAAAAAGUAUUUGAUCCCCUGCUGAUUUUGUACUUUGCCCACUGACAAAGAAAUGAUCAUUCAAUAAUUUGAAUGGUAUGUUUAUUUGAACAGUGAGAGACAGAAUAACAGCAAAAAAAUACAGAAAAACGCAUGUCAAAAAUGUUAUAAAUUGAUUUACAUUUUAAUGAGGGAAAUAAGUAUUUGACCCCUCUCAAUCAGAAAGAUUUCUGGCUCCCAGGUGUCUUUUAUACAGGUAACAAACUGAGAUUAGGAGCACACUCUUAAAGGGAGUGCUCCUAAUCUCAGCUUGUUACCUGUAUAAAAGACACCUGUCCACAGAAGCAAUCGAUCAAUCAGAUUCCAAACUCUCCACCGUGGCCAAGACCAAAGAGCUCUCCAAGGAUGUCAGGGACAAGAUUGUAGACCUACACAAGGCUGGAAUGGGCUACAAGACCAUCGCCAAGCAGCUUGGUGAGAAGGUGACAACCGUUGGUGCGAUUAUUCGCAAAUGGAAGAAACACAAAAUAACUGUCAAUCUCCCUCUGCCUGGGGCUCCAUGCAAGAUCUCACCUCGUGGAGUUGCAAUGAUCAUGAGAACGGUGAGGAAUCAGCCCAGAACUACACGGGAGGAUCUUGUCAAUGACCUCAAGGCAGCUGGGACCAUAGUCACCAAGAAAAGGACUGAAAUCCUGCAGCGCCCGCAAGGUCCCCCUGCUCAAGAAAGCACAUAUACAGGCCUGUCUGAAGUUUGCCAAUGAACAUCUGAAUGAUUCAGAGGAGAACUGGGUGAAAGUGUUGUGGUCAGAUGAGACCAAAAUCGAGCUCUUUGGCAUCAACUCAACUCGCCGUGUUUGGAAGAGGAGGAAUGCUGCCUAUGACCCCAAGAACACCAUCCCCACUGUCAAACAUGGAGGUGGAAACAUUAUGCUUUGGGGGUGUUUUUCUGCUAAGGGGACAGGACAACUUCACCGCAUCAAAGGGAUGAUGGACGGGGCCAUGUACCGUCAAAUCUUGGGUGAGAACCUCCUUCCCUCAGCCAGGGCAUUGAAAAUGGGUCGUGGAUGGGUAUUCCAGCAUGACAAUGACACGGCCAUGGCAACAAAGGAGUGGCUCAAGAAGAAGCACAUUAAGGUCCUGGAGUGGCCUAGCCAGUCUCCAGACCUUAAUCCCAUUGAAAAUCUGUGGAGGGAGCUGAAGGUUCGAGUUGCCAAACGUCAGGUUCGAAACCUUAAUGACUUGGAGAAGAUCUGCAAAGAGGAGUGGGACAAAAUCCCUCCUGAGAUGUGUGCAAACCUGGUGGCCAACUACAAGAAACGUCUGACCUCUGUGAUUGCCAACAAGGGUUUUGCCACCAAGUACUAAGUCAUGUUUUGCAGAGGGGUCAAAUACUUAUUUCCCUCAUUUAAAAUGCAAAUCAAUUUAUAACAUUUUUGACAUGCGUUUUUCUGGAUUUCUUUGUUGUUAUUCUGUCUCUCACUCAAAAUUGUAGACUGAUCAUGUCUUUGUCAGUGGGCAAACGUACAAAAUCAGCAGGGGAUCAAAUACUUUUUUCCCUCACUGUAUAGCAGUGGAGGCUGGUGGGAGGAGCUAUAGGAGGACAGGCUCAUUGGAAUGGCUGGAAUGGAAUAAAUGGAACGGAGUCAAACGUGGAUUCCAUAUGUUUGAUACUGUUCCAUUGAUUCCAUUCCAGCAAUUACAAUGAGCUCGUCCUCCUAUAGCUCCUCCCACCAGCCUCCUAUGGUCUACAGAUCAUCUUCAGGGGAGUAGAUUGCUCCUGGUGGGAUUAAUGAAGUGGUAUUGAAGUGAUUAUCUAAAUAAAAUAAGGCUAUACCAUUAUUUACUGUAUCGCUUCCCUUCUUUCUUCCCUCCUUCAGACAUUGAUGAGUGCCAGACCCCAGGCAUCUGUAUGAACGGACGCUGUAUCAACUCCGAGGGCUCCUUCCGCUGUGAGUGCCCACCGGGCCUGGCCAUCGACGUGGACGGGAGAGUGUGUGUGGACACACACAUGCGCACCACCUGCUACGGCGCCAUCAAGAUGGGCACGUGCUCGAGGCCCUUCCCUGGCGCCGUCACCAAGUCUGAGUGCUGCUGUGCCAGUCCUGAACACGGCUUCGGAGAGCCCUGCCAGCCCUGCCCUGCCCGCAACUCAGGUGACCAAACCUAACCCUAACCCCACCAGCAAGCAUCAGUGGUUUACAUGUGCUGUUAUUAAGAUCCUGUUAGCAUGGAAUCCAAACUGAUAUGCUCUGUUUCAGCAUUGUUUCACUUCACAAUACAAUUCUGAUUCCAGGCUAAGAUCCUGUAGAACUCUACCAAAUACUGCAGAAGUGAUUGUUAGAAUUAGAAUGUAAAUUGUGUUUUUUUGUUACACUGGAUAUAUUAGCAGGUGACUUACAGGUGUUUUUAUUGCCUUUCAGCUGAGUUCCAGGCUGUGUGCAGCAGUGGGAUUGGCAUCACCGCUGACGGCAGAGGUGAGUAAUGUUACUUGUACGGUUUGAUCUUAAGUCUGUGGUUUGGAGCCUGCCCUACUAUCACUGCUAGUUAUUCUGACAUUUAACAGGCCUUCCCUCAAACAUUCCAUGCGCCCCUCCAAAAUGUGUGAAUUUCCCUCCGAAUUUCAAAUCAAAGAGAGAAAAAAUAAAAUAAAUAUGUAUGUUGGAGAGAGCGUAAAGAUGAGGCUGUGGUUUGUGGUGGGCUCAUGUGGGUUUGUUCCUGUGUGUCUCCUCAGACAUCAAUGAGUGUGCCCUGGACCCAGACAUCUGUCAGAACGGCAUGUGUGAGAACCUGAGAGGGAGCUACCGCUGCAUCUGUAACAUCGGUUAUGAGUCCGACUCCAGCGGAAAGAACUGCGUGGGUGAGUCCAGUCUUCCUGUAUCCAAUCCUUAUGUCUGGUGGGAAAAGCAGCGACCUGAAUAAAGUUUAUCUGCUGUACUUUCGUGGUCUUAACUUUGACGUAUGAUCAAAGUUGGAUGAACAAUCGCCUAUAAUUUCAAACACUGGGGUUGAUUCUUUUGGUUGGUUUGUGUUAGGGGAGAGUGUGGUAAGUUCAGCCAAAUGAGUAUGUUGAGCCACCCUUGUUUCUAGGAAACCAUUAAAAAAAAUAAAAAAUCCUUUGAUCAAAUAUUUAGGAAGAAGUCAUCAUUUCAUGGCGUCAGUAAAGGAAGAAACCACAUGGAAAACGUGGUAAGCAAGUUAGUUCCAAAAAAACUAAACAUGUAUCUAAACCAGGGGUCUCCAACAGGUAGAUAGCGAGCUACCAGUAUCUCCCAGCCCACCAAUGAGUUACUCACCAAUCAAUUCUGAAAGUACAUGCAUUUUUUAAUGUGUUCAAUGCAAACUGUCUUAAACAUAAAUUGCCUGGGUUCUAUCCAAUCAAAGCCACAUUGACAUUAUCCCACCCCUGGUUAGCCACUAUUGGCUUAAAAAGACAAACGUAACCCAAUAUUUGCCCAUUAAUUUCCAGCAAUAUUGACUUUUUAUGUCUGUUUGGUGUGCGCGUUUGUCUAUCACUCCGUAUGUAGCCAGUUAGCGAUGCUAAUGUUAACCGUCUUGUGGGUGGUAGACUUUCCCCCAAAACCUUCUCAAUUAAAUGUUAACUGCAAAGUAGGGUUACCUGACAGAUCUAUAUCAUGACUAUUUGUGUCAAUUGGGUGGCCAUUGUUUUGCAAACUCUGCCAUGACAUGUUCUGCAGCAGUAGACCUAACAGCAGAAACAUCGCUAGACAGACACAUUCCUCUCUUGCUAGAAUUACACCAAAAAAAAUCUAUAUUUGUUAGUAUUUUUUCCAGACCUAAAAUGUUUGUCUUCUGAUGUGAUUUAAGCAUUGACAUGGACUCAGAACAUCCAUUUUCAUUGUUUCCAUCUGAAUAAUUGUAAUAUUGAGAGUAAAAAAACGAGAGAAAAAAUGAAAACCAGGAAAAUAACAGAAAACAGAAUUCGAAAAAUACAAAAUAAUAUUUAAUGGGGCCCCCUUAUAGUUGUUAUGACAUGUAAAAAAAAAUUUAAAGUAGCUCAUGCUAGAAAAAGGUUGGAGACCCCUGAUCUAAACCAAAGUAGAUAGUUUUAAGAUUGUUCUAUACAUCAUUUGGGGUCUCUAUAAGCUUCAAUAUGAGGUCCUAAACCUAGCAUGAAAGUGUAUCCUAGCUGUGUGGGCUAUAGUCGAAAUGUUUGCCUUGGGGUAAGUUGAGCCAAUGGCAAUGAGGUCAAUUUAACCAAUGGUUGAGCCAAUGGCAAGUUGAGCAAAUGGAAGUAUUUUCUUCCCAAGCGUAAUGAAAGGCAUUAUUGCUGGGAUAUGAGGUAAGAACAGGGCCUGGCCUAUGUUAAAAGUGUAAAAAAAAAAGUGUUUGUUAGGUGUUAAGCAAGUGUUAAAAUAUGCUUAAAAUGAUUAGAAGACAAAAAGGUGAUUGUGUUGAAUUGUGUUUGGGAUAGACAUGAUAUACAUGGUUUUAAAAAGGUAGGUGUAAUAUUUCAUUCAGUACAGACAUUUGUAGGCGGCUUAACUUACCCUGUCCCAUGGCUCAACCUACCCCAUACCCGGGGUAAGUUGUGCCAAGAGACCACUUUUUUUGGACAAGCUAUGUUUUCAAAACUGUAUUGUUUAAAUGAAUUCUGAUUAUUUCCUGGGAUACACAACAUCCUGAAAUAUAGGUAGAUAUCUUUGUUAGAGAGAAUACUAUUUCCCUUGACGGAAUGAUGCUGAAUGUAAAAAAUUGCUCAACUUACCCCACUCUCCCCUACACUUGAUAAGUCAACCAUGUUGUUCUCUUCUCCUCAACUCUUUCUUGUCUCCCAGACAUCAACGAGUGUCUCGUGAACCGUCUGCUGUGUGACAACGGCCUGUGUAGAAACACCCCCGGCAGCUACACCUGCUCCUGUCCCAAAGGCUUUGUCUUCAAACCAGACUCUGAGACCUGCGAAGGUAAACACCUCAUACACACGCCAAAAGAGCAAUAGUUUGUUUGACCUUGUUGAGAAGAGUCAAUGCAUUAAAACACUCUUCAGUGCAAUUAUUUGUAUUUUAUUUUAGUCAUUUUAGCAGACUAAGAGCGACUUACAUGAGCAAUUAGGGUUAAGUGCCUUGCUCAAGGGCACAUCGACAGAUCUUUCACCUAGUCGGCUCGGGGAUUAGAACCAGCGACCUUUCGGUUACUGGCACAACGCUCUUAACCACUAAGCUACCUGCCACCCCCUAUUUCAUACCUUGCAGCUGUCUAAUCUUCUAGAUGUGCAUACACCUGCAACUGUUUAACACUUAAACACACAUGGAGAGAAGGGAAUCAAAUAGAUCAUCAAAAUAUAUGACCACAUGUUUGCUUACAUCCUCUGUCCUUGAACCAAUUUCCAUAAAGUUUUGUGUCUUUGUUGAAGUAAACACAUGCCUGUCUAGAUGUAAAGGAUGACCCAUUUAACUGGCUCUGCACUGCCUUACCUAACCCUGCUCUGGUCCAUGUGUUUCAGAUAUCAACGAGUGUGACUCCAGCCCGUGUGUCAACGGAAUCUGCCGCAACAUCGCCGGGUCCUUCAACUGCGAGUGUUCCCACGGCAGCAAGCUGGACUCCACCAACACCAUCUGCGUGGGUAAGAGGCCAAGGCGUCUGUCAUAACUGCCCGACUUAAAAUCGGACCCAAAUUAAAAACGACGGGGUCGUGAGACAAACUUCUGUCAGAGAAUCAUCCAUAUAGACAGUCAGAGUAAUGUUUCUAGCCUCAUAGGCCUUUUAGAAUCUUUAUACCACUAAAUAAACAAGUCGAUGGCAGCUUUGGGAACAUGUCCAGACGCAUCUGAACAUCCAUCUACAGAUGUAAUCUGGGAUGAGUCAUUAGAAUAAAUACCAAUAUGAGCCGGCCUUGUCAGUCUGAUAGAUUCCUGUACUUUAAAAUAUAGAGCUGUUUUAUGUUCAAAGCAGAGUCAUAUAUUUGGUUCAAAGUCAUCGCUCAACGGCCAGAAUAUAAAUUGUGGUCUAGUUUUUGGGUGGGCUCAUGGUCUCGGGAGAGAAAAUGCACAUCCCAUUUGUUAUGACUAGGCUCUCAGUCCAUUAGGAGUGCCAUAGCAAAUUAUUAAAGUAAUUGAUGCAUGUGUCUUGGUACAGGCUGAGGUAAGAUGCCAGCUGUUGAAAGGGACACCUGUAGUUAGUUACUAUCCACUGCCUGUUCCGUUGUGCUUGGAAUGAAUGGAGUAUAUAAAUGAGAGAUAUGUGUGUUGAUGCUUCACAGUACAUUUGAAUUGAUGGGCCUUUUCUUGGCAGGGUUCUCUUUAGUGCCUUCACUUACUCACAUUCUCUCUCUCUUUCUUCCCUCUCUCUCUCUCCUCCCUCUCUUCCUCUUCCUUUCUUCCUUCUUUCUCUCUCUGUCUCUUUCCUACCCCCUCUCUCUCUCUCUCUCUCUCUCUCUUCUCACCCCCUCCCUCUACAGACAGCAUGAAGGGAACAUGCUGGCUGAACGUCCAAGAUGGCCGCUGUGAGGUCAACAUCAACGGCGCCACGCUAAAGUCUGAGUGCUGCUCUACGCUGGGAGCAGCCUGGGGCAGUCCCUGUGAACGCUGCGAGAUCGGUCAGUACAAACACAAACACACACACACACUUCUAGACAUACACACUCCUAAUGAAGAUAAUGAAGUGUGAGGUGUGUACUGUAACUGUUGUCUCUCUCCACAGACACUGCCUGUUCCAGAGGUUUCGCGCGUAUGAAGGGAGUCAACUGUGAAGGUAAAACACAUAUUGACCCCGACACACACACUGCUGCUACUGUCUAUUAUCCAUUCUGUUGGUAGCAGACAUUCUUACAGCCAUAGUGACCCUCUGCCUCCCUCCUGUGGUAUUCCACUCCCUCCCUCCCACAGAAACUGAUGAGUCAUAGAGUACAGUCAAUCAGUCCUUUAAUAACCCCCGAUUCCCCCCCCCAGACAUCAAUGAGUGUGAGGUGUUCCCGGGGGUGUGUACCAACGGGCGCUGUGUCAACACCCAGGGCUCCUUCCUCUGUGAGUGUGCUGAGGGUCUCACCCUGGACGGGAGCGGACGCACCUGCGUGGGUAAGACAAGACAGUAACCAACGUAAACCCUGAUAAACAAACAAACACAAAUACAGCAAAUGCGUCCCAAAAAUGUGGUCACCAAAAAUAUUAGCACCUUGAGCCUACUGUGUCGUCAGCAGGACUGUAUGUCUGACCACUGUCUGUCUGUCCCUCAGACGUGCGUAGCGAGCAGUGCUACAUGAAGUGGCACGAGGAUGAGUGUGGUGAGCCGCUGCCCGGGCGCUACCGAGUGGAUAUGUGCUGCUGCUCGGUGGGCGCAGCCUGGGGCAUCGACUGUGAGGAGUGUCCCAAGGCAGGCACCCCGGAGUACAAGGCCAUCUGCCCCCGAGGACCAGGCUUCGCCAACCGAGGAGACAUCCUGACUGGCAGACCCUUCUACAAAGGUAGGGACAAUCACUCAUUGUCCAGUUUUGCUUGUCUGAAUGUCAUUAGGCAUUUUGCUGCCACUAAUACAUUUAGAGUAUAUCCCUACUACACUGAGGAGCUACAAAGAACAAGCCAAAUUAUCAAAUGUAUAGGUGCCAGCCAUCCACAGCAUUACAUAUCUAAACGACUAGAAAUGUAUUCAGAUUCAUUUUGAGAAAAACAUUACUGGAUUGGAUUUGGAAAAAUAGCACAGGUAAACUUCAUGUGAAUUCCAUACACAAUUCACCCCUGAGCCUUGGCAUUAUUCUGUUCUUCUCCUGCAGAUGUGAAUGAGUGUAAGGUGUUCAACAGCCUGUGUUCUCACGGAACGUGUCGCAACACCAUCGGCAGCUUCAAGUGCCGCUGCAGCAGUGGCUUUGCCCUCACCAUGGAGGAGAGGAAUUGCACCGGUACGAGAGAGAACGAGAAAGCAUAUUCAUGUUUUUUUUACAAAAUAAUCUUAAAAUCGGAACAAAUUUAAGGAGAAAUAUAUAUCUUCGUAUAAGAUUUCUGUAGUAUUUUAGAAAGUUUCAGGGUCAAAAAAGAAACGUGUUCUACAAACUCACUAGACAACACUGUUUGUUGACACAGCUGAAUUUCCUCAUGAGAUCAGUAAAAGAAUGCUGAAUAUGAUAUUUCUGUCAUGUGCAUUCUUCCCUCUGUCUCUCCUCCCACUCCCACAGAUAUUGACGAAUGUCAUAUCUCUCCGGACCUGUGUGGCCACGGCACCUGCGUGAACACCCCUGGCAGCUUCGAGUGUGAAUGCUUCGAGGGCUACGAGAGCGGCUUCAUGAUGAUGAAGAACUGCAUGGGUGAGUGGGGGCACACACACACACACACACACACACACACUGCUCCCCAGCUGACUGGAGAGUGGGACAACUUCCUCCGAGAUCCUCUGUGUGUUUCUCUCAAAGUCAUUAUUGACGGCUGACCUUGUUGCACCCUCUCCCUCUCUCCUAUAUCUUCCUUCCUCUCUCUCUCUCUCCCUCUUUCUUCCUCUCCCUCCCUCUCUCUCCCUCCAUCUCUCCCUCUCUCCCCUGCAGAUAUUGAUGAGUGUGAGAGGAACCCACUGCUGUGUCGAGGAGGCGCCUGUCUGAACACAGAGGGGAGUUACGAGUGUGAAUGUCCUCCCGGACACCAGCUGAGCCCCGACGGUUCCUCCUGCGAAGGUAGUCAUACAGUAUAUCACUGCACAGUGCAUAGUAUGCACACACACACACACACACACACACACACACACACCCUAUACAUCACCUGGAAUAUGAGAUCACUGUUUUGGCGUUUUUACAUCAUCCUCAAGUCAUCUAUGCAUAGUCACUUUAACUCUACCCACAUGUACAUAUUACCUCAAUUACCUCGACUAACCAGUGCCCCCGCACAUUGACUCUGUACCGGCACCCCUUGUAUAUAGCCUCCCUACUGUUAUUUUAUUUUACUGCUGCUCUUUAAUUAUGUUUGUAUUUUUAUUUUUUACUUAUCUAUUUUUUACCUAACACUUAUUUUUCUUAAAACUGCAUUGUUGGUUAAGGGCUUGUAAGUAAGCAUUUCACUGUAAGGUCUACACCGAUUGUAUUCGGCGCAUGUGGCAAAUAAAAUGUGAUUUGAUCUGGAAUAAAUUUUCCAGUUAACCAAACCGUAACCGCCAUAAAAGUCACUAAAGGUAUUCUCUCCUACAUUAUGUUGUCUACUGUGGUAGCUAAUUCCUUUGAUUUAAGCUGACUCUAACUGACGUCUUCUCUGUGUUUCCAGAUGUGAACGAGUGCCAGCUGAGUGACAACCUGUGUAAGAACGGCCACUGUGUCAACAUGGUGGGGAACUACCAGUGCUCCUGUGACACGGGCUACCAGGUUACACCAGACAGACAGGGCUGUGUGGGUGAGUGAUCAUUGUCAUCAUUUGUCUUGUGGAUGUUAGUACCAUACUUCAGUGUACGGAAAUACCUGCCAUACGUGUGGAACGUCUACAUACAACAGACUAUGGUUGUUGACCAUUUCUAAGCAUUUUGUCACAUCAGAAACUUUCCAGUGUCUAUACUCACCUGUAACCCGUCUGAUUGCAGAUAUUGAUGAGUGUACCAUCAUGAACGGAGGCUGUGACACACACUGUACCAACUCCGAGGGCAGCUACGAGUGCAGCUGUAGUGAGGGCUACGCGCUCAUGCCCGACCUCAGGACCUGCGCUGGUGCGUCACACAGUAACGCAGUACACAUACGUACUGGACAUGUACACAUAGUAUAGUGUAUAGACACACAUUGACACUUGUUCUCUCCCCUGUCCAGACAUUGAUGAGUGUGAGGACACCCCUGACAUCUGUGACGGAGGCCAGUGCACCAACAUCCCUGGAGAGUACCGCUGUCUCUGCUAUGAUGGAUUCAUGGCCUCCAUGGAUAUGAGGACCUGUAUUGGUGAGACAUACACCCUGUUCUCUUCUCCUGCUCACUUUCUCUCUCUCUCUCUCUCUCUCUCUCUCUCUCUCUCUCUCUCUCUCUCUCUCUCUCUCUCUCUCUCUCUCUCUCUCUCUCUCUCUCGCUCCCCCAGCCCUCUAAUUUUACCCUUACCUGUUAGACAUUCAUUUUACUCCUCUGUCCCCUCUCCAAGACCAGUUAACUCAUGUUCCUCUGUGUGUGUUCCUGUGUGUCCAGAUGUGAAUGAGUGUGAGCUGAACCCUAACAUCUGUCUGCACGGGGACUGUGAGAACACCAAGGGAUCCUUCAUCUGUCACUGUCAGCUGGGGUACUUUGUCAAGAAGGGCUCCACCGGCUGCACAGGUACAGUGUACACACACACACACACACACACACACAGAGAGACACCAUACAGACACACAGCACCAUGGGCUACACACACACACUGGUAGUAACAGUAAGGCCAUUUACUGUAAAACGCUAUCUUAGUUAUGAUGAUGUCAUAAAGCUUUGGUCAUUUUUAACUUCCAUGGAUAAUGCAAGGUCUAAACCAGAGUACAGACAGAAUGAGAGAGGCACUCACAUUUUAUGUCUUGUCCUAAAUUAAUCUCUCUGCUGUUUUUUUUCUUUCUAGAUAUUGAUGAGUGUGAGAUUGGAGCCCAUAACUGUGACAUGCAUGCUGCCUGCGUCAACGUCCCCGGAAGCUUCAAGUGUCGCUGUCGUGACGGCUGGGUGGGAGACGGCAUCAAGUGUGUGGGUGAGUAUACUAGUGCUGGGCUGGAACAAAAGCCUGUUAAAUUAAAAAUAUGUACUUUAGCAGACGCUUUUAUCCAAAGCGACUUACAGUCAUGCGUGCAUAUAUUUUUACGUAUGGAUGGUCCUGGGUAUUGAACCCACAAUCUUGGCGUUGCAAGCACCAUGCUCUACCAACUGAGCCAUACAUUCUUUAGCUCUCUAUGAACAGGAGUUGUGACAACUACAGUAGUUGAUCUCUACAGUACUUCUCAGAAUAGGUUAUUGAAUUGUUAUUACAUGGCUCCCUCAUCUAUGGACACUAAGUGAACUGAUUAUGUUUGACCCUCCUCUCUCCCUGUAGACCUGGAUGAGUGUUCCACUGAGGAGCACAACUGCAACCUCAACGCGGACUGUGUCAACACCCCCGGCUCCUACCGCUGUGCCUGCAAGGAGGGCUUCAACGGGGACGGCUUCUCCUGUUCAGAUAUGGAUGAGUGUGCUGACAACGUCAACUUGUGUGAGAACGGCCAGUGUCUGAACGCUCCGGGGGGCUACCGCUGCGAGUGUGAGAUGGGCUUCACCCCUACUGAGGACAGCAAGGCCUGCCAGGGUAAGAAUAACACAUACACACACACACACACACACACACAUACACCAUCGUUCUGCCCAUAGAUACUGACCAUAUCUUUCUCUCCCUCUCUGUAGAUAUCGACGAAUGUAACUUCCAGAACAUCUGUGUGUUUGGAACGUGUCAGAACCUACCGGGGAUGUUCCGGUGUGUGUGUGACGAUGGCUACGAGCUGGACCGCAGCGGAGGAAACUGCACUGGUGAGCAACACACACCCUCUACCACACAUCACUACCAAUCCAAUCUGGCAACCCUCAUAUUUCGCCAUCAAUUUUGACUUUCUAUUCCCCUCGUUGUACCACUCAAUCUGUCAUGUGCAGCCGCAGCAAGUCUGUGGCUUUAGCAAGGCUGUUUCUGCUUUCACCAGCCCUCUCACAGUCGAAGAGCAUAGCUUUCAUAGAGUGGAUGUGUGUUGUUAAAGCAUUUGUGUGUGGCUCUAUGUGUGUUAUUUAAUGUUGGUCAUAAAGUGUGUGUUUGUAUGUGUUCCAGACAUUAACGAGUGUGCGGACCCUGUGAACUGCAUCAACGGCUUGUGUGUGAACACACCAGGAAGCUACCUGUGUAACUGCCCUCCGGACUUCGAGCUCAAUCCUACUGGAGUGGGCUGUGUGGGUGAGUACUGGACACCUGGCAUCAGCGCAAUGCUAAUGUCUGGUAGCCAUGGAGAUGAAGACACCUCAGCCAAUGAAUGAGUGGCAGCAAGUGUUGAUGGGUGUGUAACAAUAAUGCCUUUCCCUCAUCUCAGACACACGAGUGGGCAACUGUUUCCUGGACACGUUGGCGCGUGGCGACGGUGGCAUCUCCUGCAGCGCUGAGAUUGGCGUGGGCGUCACCCGCGCCUCCUGCUGCUGCUCCCUGGGAGGAGCCUGGGGAAACCCCUGUGAACUCUGCCCACCCAUCAACUCCAGUAUGUACAAUAAAGCUUGGUCGAACCAAAUCAUGACAGACCUGUUCUUUUUGAAGAAGAACAAAACAUUUAGAUGAGCUAAUCUUGCCCAAUUUCACAUAUGUUUUUGAGGAAAAUGUGGUACUAGUUUGAUCUUUUGGGGUCUUUUUUUGUCUGUAGCGGAGUACAAGACACUGUGUCCCGGAGGAGAGGGCUUCAGACCUAACCCCAUCACUGUCAUCCUGGAAGGUAACACUAUUCGUCCUUAUCUUAUUUUUCCGUUGUAUGAUUUAGAGUGUCCCAACAAACUAAACCGGACUCUCUCUCCCACUACCCCACCAGACAUUGAUGAGUGCCAGGAGCUGCCAGGCCUGUGCCAGGGUGGUAACUGUGUCAACACCUUCGGCAGCUUCCAGUGCGAGUGCCCCGCAGGCUACUACCUCAACGAGGAGACACGCAUCUGCGAGGGUAAGAGGGUAAAGGUCACAGAGGGGUCAAAUGAGGUCAUUCUCCAGACUUUCCCAGUAUCCAUCUGAUUCACUUGAUCAUUGAUGACCGCCUAAAGCCCAAAAUGUAAUAAGAUAAUGAAAGGCAGUACUGUGUAUAACCAUGUGUAUUCUCUGUCCGUGUGUGUGUAGAUAUUGAUGAGUGCACAGCCCACAUUGGAAUCUGUGGUCCUGGUACCUGCUACAACACCUUGGGGAACUACACCUGCGUGUGUCCUCCUGAGUACAUGCAGGUCAACGGAGGAAACAACUGCAUGGGUGAGUCAGACCACACCGGGUGGUACACACACAUGCAUACAUACAUACAUACAUAUAUAUACAGUAUCAGUCAAAAGGUUUUUUAUAGAAUAAUAGUGAAGACAUCAAAACUAUGAAAUAACACAUAUGGAAUCAUGUAGUAACCAAAAAAGUGUUAAACAAAUCAAAAUGCAUUUUAGAUUUGAGAUUCUUCAAAGUAGUCACCCUUUGCCUUGAUGACAGCUUUGCACACUCUUGGCAUUCUCUCAACCAGCUUGUGUUUGUGAAUAAAUAUACAAACAGUGUAGUAAUGGUUUACAAAUGAUAAUGGAUUAUAAAGAGUUGUGUAUUUAUGGUGAGUCAUUCUCAACCCUGUCUCUGCUGACAUUACAGACAUGAGGAAGAGCGUGUGUUACCGCAACUUCAACGACACGUGUGAGAACGAGCUGUCUUUCAACAUGACCAAGAAGAUGUGCUGCUGUGCCUACAACGUGGGCAAGGCCUGGAACAAGCCCUGUGAAGCCUGCCCUACCCCUGCCACCUGUGAGUUGGAACAUAAGACACUCACACACACUAGCAUACACACACACACACUCCAUAGAGACACUCAUAGACACACACUACCUCCGACACUUUCAUGACAGCCUCUGAAUACUGUAUGUUCUUGGUGCAUAAUUUCACUCAGUUGUUUUAUCCUCUCCUCCACAGCGGAGUACCAGUUACUGUGUGGGAAUCAGGCUCCUGGGUUCAUCAUAGACAUCCACACGGGCAAGCCCAUCGGUAAGGUCAUCAUUAGGUCAAAGGUCAAAUAGGUCAUUCUGGCCUUCUGCCUGUUCAGAACAGAGACUGCUGAACUGCCAAAACAGAUAGAUACUAUAAUCAUUAUAUUAUUUUAUGGUAUAUGGUGCUAUUAUAGAAUAAUAAAUAAGAAAAAUGGAGUAGCUUUGUGAGUGAAUUACUUCUAACAGAGCAUGAUGUUGCUGUAUUGUUCUGUAGAUAUUGAUGAGUGUCGAGAGAUCCCGGGUAUAUGUGCCAACGGAGUGUGUAUCAACCAGAUAGGAAGCUUCCGCUGUGAAUGUCCCAUGGGCUUCAGCUACAACAAUAUACUGCUCAUCUGUGAAGGUAAGGCUCAGACACACACACAUUCUCACACACACACACACACACAAUCAUCACCAUUUAUCUUCUCAUAAAAAAAAUGAUAUACACAUGGGUACACACUCUGUGGCCCUCAAACCAAAUGUACCCGCACACAAAACACACACACACACACACAUCCACACACUCACCACUUAACAAUCAGUAAAGUUAAUGCUGCCCUCUCUCUCCCACAUGAAUUAUCCUUGCUUGUAAAGACAGACAGCAGAGUAUACUGGCCCUGUAGGAGCCUAGUGCCAAGUUCUGCCAGUCCAGGGGACUUAAAUCACCCUAGCCAGCCUGGCACUGUUCUGUUUGGCCCUCCUCAGCCUCUGCAUUACCUCACACUGGGCUUUUACUAGACAGUUAUGACCACUGUGACUAAUGAUCGCUGCCCGCUCUUGUUUUUCUUCCCUCCAGAUAUUGACGAGUGUAACAGCGGAGACAACCUGUGCCAACGCAACGCCAACUGUAUCAACAUCCCAGGGAGCUACCGCUGCGAGUGCUCACCAGGCUUCAAGCUGUCCCCCAGCGGAGCCUGCGUGGGUGAGUCCCAACUCUAUGCCCAGGGGCAGCAGGGAUUUACCAUCUCAGAACAAUGGGGAUGUACUACAGUGAGAUUCCCUGUUGAGAGAUAAUUGUUUUGAGAGUUAAAUGGUUUAUUAGUCAAUGGGAAAACACACUGAGAUGAUCAAUAUUAAUGUAUUUCAUCUCCCCUAUCUCCUAGUCUAUUAGUUAAUGCUGGAGCUGCCUUCUUGGCCAGAUCUCUAUUGGAAAAUACACUGAGUAUACCAAGCAUUAGGAACACCUUCCUAAUAUUGAGUUGCACCCCUUUUGCCCUCAGAACAACUUCAAUUCAUCGGACUCUACAAGGUGUCAAAAGCAUUCCAUAGGGAUGCUGGCCCAUGUUGACUCCAAUGCUUCCCACAGUUGUGUCAACUUGGCUGGAUGUCCUUUGGGUGGUGAACAAUUCUUGAUAUACACGGGAAACUGUUGAGUUCUUGACACAAACCGGUGCGACUGGCACCUACUACCAUACACAGUUCAAAGGCACUUCAAUCUUUUGUCUUGCCCAUUCACCCCCUGUAUGGCACACAUACACAAUCCAUGUCUCAAUUGUCUCAAGGCUUUAAAAUUAUUCUGUAACCCGUCUCCUCCCUUUCAUCUAUAUUAAUUUUUUAAGUGGAUUUAACAAGUGACAUCAAUAAGGGAUCAUAGCUUUCACCUGGUCAGUCUAUGUCAUGGAAGAGCAGGUGUCCUUAAUGUUUUGUAUACUCAGUGUAUAUUAUUGAUCUUGAUGGAACUUCCUAGUUAGAUAAUUUGUUACAAAUAAACUAAAAACUCUGCAUCUUCUCUCCCUGUGUGUGUAGACCGCAACGAGUGCCAGGAGAUCCCUAACGUGUGUAGCCACGGAGAGUGUAUCGACACCCAGGGCAGCUACCGCUGCCUCUGCCACAACGGCUUCAAGGCCACAGCCGACCAGACCAUGUGCAUGGGUAAGUAAACAGUCCCGGUAAACUCAAUAGACUUACCAUAGCAGACACGGUAGACAUUCUAUAGUUUGGUUUCAAUCAUCUCACCUCAGUCUCACCCCCUGGUCUCGCUCCGUCUCAGAUAUUGAUGAGUGUGACAGACAACCAUGUGGGAACGGAACCUGUAAGAACACAGUGGGCUCCUACAACUGUCUCUGCUUCCCUGGCUUCGAGCUCACGCACAACAAUGACUGCAUGGGUACGUAUGACAUCCCAAAGUAUAUCAACAUGGAAAAGAAUACUAUGAAGACAUUUAAGGAGUAAUUCUGUCUAAAUGUUAAAAGGGAUACUUUCGAGUAGCAUAUUUUGAAUAAUUAGAUCAUCUUAUUAACUCUCUCCACUUCCCUGUCCCCCUCCAGACAUUGAUGAGUGCAGUGCAUUGGUGGGUCAGGUGUGUAGGAACGGCCAGUGUAUCAACAGCUUGGGAUCCUUCCAGUGUCUCUGUCAGGAUGGCUACGAACUCACCCCCGACGGAAAGAACUGUGUCGGUAAGUAACGUCAACACCCUAGCAACUCUAGACCUGGGUCAAAUACAUUUGUCAAAUACUUUUAAAUAUUUUAUUAAUACUUGAUUUAGUUUGCCUGGUACAAUGGAACCAAUGGAAUGGUCCCAAAAGUGCAAACUCCAAGCUAAACCAAGUAUUUGAAAGUAUUUGAUGUAUGUCUUGGGGUGUAUAGUGUGUUUUCAUUGAGGCGUACUGUAUAAUCACACACUGUUCUUCCUCAGAUAUCAAUGAGUGUGUGAGUCUUCCUGGGACAUGCUCUCCUGGAACCUGUCAGAACCUGGACGGAUCCUUCCGCUGUAUCUGCCCACCUGGAUACGAGGUGCAGAACGACCAGUGUAUAGGUAGGAGUCUAACACACCAGGCACACACACACUCCAAUACUCGAUUAACUAUUGGAGGUGAAAGAGACCAUUAACUUUGACGCAAGUUCGUACACACACACACUGGAUAACUACCACAGAGAACAUUACUUCAUUACUUCUGUACAUUCAGAAUCCCACUUGCUCACACAGAUAGAGCCAACACACGCCCACACCUACACAUCAGAGUGUCAAUGACCUGCAGUGACCCUUUUAUCUGGCCCAAUACACACACACACACACACACUGUGUAACAGCCUUAUAGCCUUGUACGCUGAUGGGGUGACAUCCAUACCCCAUCUGGCCUUGGAGUUUGCAAUGAUGUAAUCCCCCCUCAUCCCUCUUUCCUUCUCUCCCUCUCUCUCUUUCUCUUCCAGAUAUCAACGAGUGUGAGGUGGAGCCCAAUAUCUGCCAGUUUGGCACGUGUACCAACACCCCAGGAAGCUUCCAGUGUAUCUGCCAGAAUGGCUUCGUCCUGUCUGACAAUGGGCGCCGCUGUUUGGGUGAGAGAGAGAGAACUGUACGUUACAGUAGUCACUAAAUGGCCAAGGUUCAGAUGUGUUAGAAAUCACAGCACUUCUGUCCUUUCUAGUAUGGCCAAAUAGUGAGAACCUUUUGAAUACUGUCUCAGACCCACUAGUGGUAGUCUAUUGUCUACUAUCCACCUGACUGUGUUUUUUCCAACCCCCUCUGUAUGACAGACACAAGAGAGAGCUUCUGUUUCACCCGCUUUGAGUCAGGCAAGUGUUCUGUGCCCAAAGCCUUCAACACCACCAAGGCCAAGUGCUGCUGCAGCAAGAUGCCAGGCGAGGGCUGGGGAGACCCCUGCGAGCUGUGCCCACGCGAGAGCGAGGGUGAGUCACACGUAUGACACGCACGUUCCACACACACACCUCACUGUCAGUACUUUUCCAUUCAUUGUAGUUAUAAUAAUGUAUUCCUUAACACAAGCCAGUUGAUGAGAGCUAAGCCUAGUGGAUCCUGUCCUGUCAGUGUGUGUAGAUUUAACUUCUUAACAUCUCCUUGUGUCUCCAGCGUCCUUUAAAAGCCUGUGUCCCUACGGCCAUGGAUCCACGCCUGGACUUGGGGACGCCCGUGAGGGUGAGUGAUAAGUGACACGGCUGGGCCACCCCCAGACAUACCGACCCCCUCAACUGAAUCAGCUCUUUUAUGACCCGAUGUCAAAAAUGUCAAUAAACUGUCCUUAUCUGUCUUUCUGUAGAUAUGAACGAGUGUCUGGACAACCCAGGCGUCUGUGUGAACGGUAUCUGUAUCAACACGGACGGAUCGUUCCGCUGCGAGUGUCCCUUCGGCUACAACCUGGACUACACCGGGGUCAACUGUGUUGGUGAGCUGACCCCUGACCCCUAUUGGUGUUGAUAAUGAUGAUGAUGACAUUUACUUUCCUUUAAGAUUACAUUCUUGUCAGAAGUCAACAUACCUGAGGACAAAUUCAUUUACAUGACCACCCUUCCCCCAUCUCCCCAUCUCCCCUCCUCCCUCCUCUCCCUCCCCAGACACUGAUGAGUGCUCUAUAGGAAACCCCUGUGGUAACGGGACCUGUACUAAUGUGGUGGGAGGCUUUGAGUGCUCCUGUCAUGAAGGCUUCGAACCUGGCUCCAUGAUGACCUGUGAAGGUAUGUAAAAUCAUACAAACACUCACCUUUGACCUUUCACCUACACCUGGAAAAUUACAAAUGCUUAUGAUGAUAUACCAUCAGAUUGUACAAUUAUUCUUGUAUGAUAGAAUGCUCAUGUACUCAUCUCUCUCUCUCUCUCUCUCUCUCUCUCUCUCUCUCUCUCUCAUUCUUGCUCACUCCCUCUGUCUCUCUCUCUCUUCAGAUAUCAACGAGUGUUCUCUAAACCCCCUGCUGUGUGCCUUCCGUUGUGUCAACACCUUUGGUUCCUACGAGUGUAUGUGUCCCUCGGGUUACGUGCUGCGAGACGACCACCGCAUGUGCAGAGGUGAAGGGACACACCAUAAUCUACCUCCACAGGAGCCUUUUCUCUCUAUCUCUUUCUCUCCCCUCUUUCUCCAUCUCUCUCUUUCUUGCUCAGGACUUUCUGUCUCUCCCUUUAUCAGCAGUCAUAUGUAAACCCCUGUGGGGUAGCUAUUAUACAGCUGUGUUAAAGUCAAGUUACUCUAUCAUCGUAAAUUCACCUGGCUGGUUUUAUAUGGUCAUGCUUUAGAGAUGGUAGUUUUACAGUGAACUUGUUUCAUGAACAUACUGUACGUUACGGUAUAAUAUUUUUUUGUAAUGUGUUUUUUGCCGCUUCUUAUUGUUAAAAUGGAUCAGUAGCCUAGACAUCAUUGUCUAUUUUUCUUUAAACAUUUCCUCUCCUCUCCUCCCCACUCUCGCUCGCUCUCUCUCUCCAUCUCUUUCUCUCUCCCUCCCUCCCUCUCGCACUCUCUCUCUCGCUCUCUCGCUCGCUCUCUCUCUCUCACCAGACCAGGAUGAGUGUUCUGAGGGUUUGGAUGACUGUGAGUCCAAAGGCAUGUCCUGUAAGAACCUGAUUGGCACCUUCAUGUGUAUCUGCCCCCUUGGCAUGCAGCGCAGACCUGACGGAGAUGGCUGCAUGGGUGAGUCACACACACACACUCUCUCAAUCACUAAUACACACACACACACACAGACACACACACAAAUAUACACACACUACAGGAGAGAAAUCACUUCUUGAAAGUGAUUCCAUUUUAUGUCACACUGUUCUAAACUCUCAUCUUCUCCUUCGCCCCCUACUCCUCUCCUCUUUCUUUCAUCCUCCUCCCCCUGGCAGACCUGAAUGAGUGUCGCGCGAAGCCUGGCAUCUGUAAGAACGGGCGCUGUGAGAACACAGUGGGAAGCUACCGCUGUGUGUGCAACGAGGGCUUCCAGUCCAGCUCCACUGGAACAGAGUGUAUCGGUGAGCAUGUCACGACAAAGGAUUCUGCAGAAGGGUGCACAAUCCAUCCAUGCAAUUUCAAUGCAACCACCAAAACAAAAGCAUAAAAGACUCUAUCACUCCUUUGACACACAUACUUGAUAUGCAGCUCCUGUAUAUUGCCGACUCAUCUCUCCCUCUCUCCCCCUGUCUUUCUCUCACUCCCUCCACCCCUACAGAUAACCGACAGGGCUUCUGUUUCACCGAGGUGCUCCAAACUAUGUGCCAGCAGGGCUCCACCAACAGGAACAGUGUCACCAAAUCUGAGUGCUGCUGCAACCUCGGGCGCGGCUGGGGACCCCAGUGUGAGCUCUGCCCGCUGCCUGGCACCGUGCAGUACAAGAGGAUGUGCCCACUGGGACCCGGGUACACCACUGACGGCAGAGGUUAGAUAGAGGAGAGGGUGUGAGAAAGGGGUUGAGGGAGGGUGAGAGUAAAUGGUAAAGGAAUGUGGAAGGAGAUGGGGAUGAGAGAGGGUUGAGGUGGUGUGUGUGUGUGUGUGUAUAUCUAACAUCCGUGCCUGCUGUUGUUGCAGACAUCAAUGAGUGCACGGUGAUGCCAGACCUGUGUAAGAACGGCCAGUGCAUCAACACCAUCGGAUCGUUCCGCUGCCACUGCAACGUGGGUUAUACCACCGACUUCACCGGCACCUCCUGCGUUGGUAUGACCCGUCUCUCUCUUUCUCUUACUGGGCCUUGGACCAAACCAUCCUGGCCCGGGGUAGAAAUUGCCCUCUUUCUGACCUUAUUACUCACCACUGUCUGUUGUGUUUUAGAUAUGGAUGAGUGUUCCGCGUCUCCCAAGCCCUGUAACUUCCUGUGUAAGAACACAGAGGGCAGCUACCUGUGCUCCUGCCCCAGAGGAUACACCAUGCAGCCUGACGGAAAGACCUGCAAAGGUGGGUGGACCCUGCUCCUGGUCAGAUGCCUUCAAUACCAGUCCAAUAAAUACUGAAACAUAUGAGUUCCCAUUUUCUCAUGAUCAUUCGAUCUUAAUUGUCUAAUAUGCUAACUGGUACUUUCACACAACUACAUACAGUAUACAUGCUUUUUUCACAGUUUAUUAACUAAUCCAUAUUUCUACCCCUCUACUACAGAUCUGGAUGAGUGUUCCACUAAGCAGCAUAACUGUCAGUUCCUGUGUGUCAACACCAUCGGAGGGUUCACCUGCAAGUGUCCUGCAGGCUUCACCCAGCACCAGACCGCCUGUAUCGGUGAGUGGCCAUGAACGAGAUACACUUUGUUUAGGACAAUUCUACCACCUUGAAAAGUUAAAGAACUCUGGUAGAAAACUGGUAGUUGAAUGGUUUUGAAUGAAAUCUCAUGAAUGUAUAUCUUCAUCUCUCUUAGACAACAAUGAGUGUAAUGGGCAGAGCAGUGUAUGUGGCUCCAGAGCCUCCUGUGUCAACACCCCCGGCAGCUUCAACUGUGACUGUGGGAAAGGCUUCUCUCUGGACACAACUGGCCUGGAGUGUGAAGGCAAGGACCCAACACACGCACGCAUACAGACACACACCACUCCCCCGUCAUAAGCGCACACACCUACACUUGCUAGUUUUUGCCCAAAAAUGCAUUUUGGAAUGUCUAACCUCCCAUGUCUGUGACUUCUCCGUCAGAUGUGGAUGAGUGUGGUAGUAACCAUCGCUGUCAGCACGGCUGUCAGAACAUGAUGGGAGGGUUCCGCUGUGGCUGUCCUCAGGGCUAUGUACAACACUACCAGUGGAACCAGUGUGUAGGUGAGUGGGACAGACACACACCAGUCACAAGACCAGUCACUUACUUAAACCCGUUUUCCUUCAAGUGGUUGCAUACAGCCACAAGAUACGUCACUGCCCAGUAUUGAGACAUAGGAGCUGUGCUCUAUUUGUGUCAUAUCCUCAAUGAAGAUUCAGGACCUAACUUACCAAGUAUCCGCAUCAAUGAGAAUGAAAUAUGAAAGAUGUAACAAAAUCUGAUACCAUGUGCACAAUGUGUUUUGGUUGGUCUUUUACUCAUUUUUGACCCCUCUGUGUGUCCCUCUCUCCUCCCUGUAGAUGAGAACGAGUGUUCGGGUGCGUCUGUGUGUGGCUCGGCCUCCUGCUACAACACCCUGGGUAGCUUUAAGUGUGUGUGUCCGUCCGGCUUUGACUUUGAGCAGGGAGGGAGCGGCUGCCAGGAUGUUAAUGAGUGUUCCAUGGGCAGUAACCCCUGCAGCUUCGGCUGCUCCAACACAGACGGAGGAUACCUGUGUGGCUGUCCUGGAGGAUACUACAGGGCUGGACAGGGGUGAGUGGAUGGGAGACUUAGCCUUACACUGACUGACUUAACCCAGGGUUUCCCAAAUGGUGUCAGGGGUAAGCGUGUCUGCUAAAUGACAAACAUUUUAAAAUGUACCCACUGAUGGGUUGUUGCUGAUUUCUUAUGGGUUAAUGGCUCUUGGUUACAAGCAUUGGUUUCACUUAUUGGGUCAAGAUGUGUAUUUUUUUUUUUUUUCAGAAAGACUUCAAAAGCUUUAGGUUGGUCACAGCACAAAAAUGUAUUUGAAACCACUGGGAACCACACCCUCAUACAACACAGCACUGUACCAACGGUCACACUUAUUUUCUCCACAAGAAAGAGUAUCUCGCUGUGUUAUAGUUAAGCAAUAAGGCCCGAGGUGGUGUGGUAUAUGGCCAAUAUACCACGGCUAAGGGCUGUUCUUAAGUACGACGCAACACAGAGUGUCUGGAUACAGCCCUUAGCCGUGGUAUAUUGGCCAUAUACCACAAACCCCUGAGGUGCCUUAUUGCUAUUAUAAACUGGUUACCAAUGUAAUUAGAACAGUGUAAAAAUGACUUUUUUGUCAUACCCGUGGCAUUCAGGGCUCGAACCACCCGGUUUAUAAAUGUGAGUUGUACUGUGAGUUCUAAAUGCGAGUACAAUGUCCUGACAUCUGUAUCUCUCUGUUGACUCCCCAGUCAUUGUAUAACGGGUCAGGGCUUCCAGGACCAGUAUAGCUCAGAGGGAGACGAUGAGGACAGUCUGUCUCCAGAGGCCUGCUACGAAUGUAAGAUCAACGGAGACGUCGGCAAGAAGGGCCGACACAGACGUCACGCUGCUGGGGACAACGACCUUAAGGUACUGUUGCUACUCUCUCUCCUCUUUCUUUCUCUGCACUUUUGUGGUCUCUCACUCAUUCUUAAAUCUACAGGUUAUAAACGUGUACUAGUUGUGUGUAUUUGUAUGUUUUUUUUUAUGUUGCUAUGUGCUGACCCUCUCCUCUCCAUCUCUCUAGGAGGUGAGCAUGGCCAGCGUGGACAUCCAGGAGUCCAUCCCCAUGAACCUGAGCCUGGCCUCACUGCACAACAAGGAGCCCCUGCUGGAGCUGCUGCCUGCCCUGGAACCCCUGGAGCACCACGUGCGCUAUGUCAUCACCCACGGCAACCAGGGCGAGCACUUCCGCCUGCUGGAGCGCCGCGACGGGAAGAGCGUGCUGAGGUUGGGCAGGAAGCCGCCUCCCCCCGGCUCCUACCGCCUGGAGAUCGCCAGCCUGCCCUUGUUCGGGCCGUGGCGCCUCCGACAGCUGGAGGAUGAACACGACAGCGACUAUCUGCUGGGAGAGAUAGGAGACGCCCUACGCAUCAAGCUGCACAUCCACCUGCACUGA